ACCCCAGACGCCUUUGGGGGCUAGGAAGAGAAGAAAGUGAGAAAGACAUAAGGGAUAGGGAAGGAGAGGUCGGCAGACAAGAGGCCAUGCCUUGGGCCAAACAGCUUGUGGGGCUCGGCGUUCGUCCUGCAGCACCCGUGUCCCAGCUCAGAAGAAGUCGAGUAUAGCGCAAUGGAGCAUUCGGAGCACAAGGCGGAUGACGCCAAGAAGGGCCCAGCGUUGUGGGGCGGUGCCCCCCAGUACGACUACAUGCACUAUGAAAAUUGCACCAGUUAUGGGAUCCCAUCCGAGGCGGGGCACGAGACCGGGGGAACUGGGGACGGCGUGCAGUACCAGGAGAAGGCCCUCAACCACGUGCAGGUAGGGUGGAUGUUAUGGAAUAAUCAUAGGCGGAUGUGUCAGAAUGGAGCCCAUCACAUGCAUGCUGGUCCUGAGAGCAGGCUAAAAUUUUUGCUAAAGUUUUUUUGCUUAAAAUUUGCUGAGCACCAGGUGAACCAGGAGGCAUGUAUGUACGAUGUGGGAAAGAUGGCUGUCUCGCUGUAAUAUAUUGAAUGGAAGUGUUAGUAAUUUCUAGCACGACGCCCACAGCAAUCAAAUGGAUUCCUUGGAGAUGGCGUGGAAGGAAAAGUCCAGACCUGAACAUCUGGGCCACAGUUCAAUCUUAUCUGGUACAGGGACCAUUAUUAUUAUUAUUAUUAUUAUUAUUAUUAUUACCCGCCUUUCACCAGACUCUUUCUACAUAUAUUCAGUGUCAGAAUUUUGGAAAGGUUGUUUAUGAACUUGGAAGGUUGUGAUGUAGAAGACUUUGGGAUUUUGCUUUCACACGGGGUGUGGUUGACAUGGCCAGUCCUCUGUAGUGGUUUUAGGAGCUGGUCAGGGGAACCAGGCCACAUUGGAGUUCUCGGUGUGGGAAGUAAGAAUGUGGCCUUGAGAUGCUAAAAUAAAACGUAGUAUAAAGUAGUCAAUGAUAUAGGUGUUAUGCACAGCAAAGAUCAGCCUGUUCAGUCCUUUCACCUUUCUAUAUCAAGUGGAUGUAUUUUGCUUCUGAGGAUCUUGUUAGUGUGUUAUUUGUAGCUCAGUCCAACAAGCGCAGAGUGAUGCUGUUGCCUUACAACAAUUCUGUGCGAUAGAUUAGGCCAGGGGUCGCCAACCAAUUUGGGCCUACUUCACAUUUGGAUUUUUGAACAAGUGCCAUGGGUACCACCUUUUCUGGUCAGUUCUCUCCCCCAUCCCAAGGGUCAGCCUCUCACUGCCUUGGAGAAAAAGACUGAAGGAAUAGACAUAGACACACAAAGCACACACUAUGCUUUUCUGAGGUGCAUGGGUAAAAUUUGGAUCCUGUAUAAUUUAAAUGGAAUCCCUUGAGGUUUUUUUAAUUUUACAGUCUCCCCCCCCCCCAAAAAAAACCCUACUGUUAGAUUAAAGCUUACAUCAGUAGAUAGCACAGUAAACAACACAGAUCCAGUGUUUGGUAUGGAUUCUCUUGGAUGGAUAGCAGCAAAAUUACCAACAAAUCACAGGAUGCGUCUGUGUACAAAGAGGCGAGUUAUGAUUUUAUGAUGACUUUGAAAGACUCCCUUCAAAGUUACGUCGAUUCAUAAGGAUCUUCCUUGGAUCCAUGGUUUUAUACCAAGGCAAAGCUGGAAAACACUAGAUCCAUGAUUUUUAUGGUCUGUGGUGGUGGUUGGGGGGUGAGGGGAGAGACCCAUGAAAAAAAAAAACCAAUUUCUAGAGGAUCGAUUUUACUGGGUCCAACUUGUGUGUGAGAGAAAGGGAGGCAAUAAAGAGUAUCUUGCAGUCUGUUCUCUGUUUCCUGAGUCCUGUGUCACUCGCUUUUCCUCCACCUAGUCUCCCAGAUUUCUCUCAUUUCCCUCAUUUCCUCCAAUCCACUAGGUCGUUCCACUCUCUGAUCAUCUUCCACCAUGGUUAUCUGGGUCUGGAAAAGCAUAUGGAGCUGAAAGAGGAAGUGGGAACAAGUAUCAUCCAUACCGCUUCCUCUUUCAUCUCCAUGUACUUUUCAAGGGAGAAUAAGAUAUCUGCCUUCAUCUCCUUAGGAACUUGGAAGCUUUGCAGGCACCAAGGAAAGUGCUCAGUGGCACAAUUCUGCCCACAGAAACUGUAUUGGGAGCCCCAUGGCUUGGCUAGACUGAGAAAUAGGGCCUAUCCCCAAGCUACCCAGAAAGUAGGAGGGAUUUGGAACUUGUCCCCCAUAUUCAAACCCAUCAUUCUAACCAGCAGACUACAAGUCCUCUUCAGGCAUUGCAAUAUUCAGAAUAAGAGGCACGUUUGCCAACGCUGCCUUUGCCAUGCUGAGCAGCAAAGUCUAAAGGGGGUUAAUAAAUGUAUUUGCCUGUGUGCACAAACAUGCUUCCAUGUGAUCCCUGCAUAAUGGGUUCUUAAUCAGGUUGGAAGUGCAUUCAGGUGAACAUGUUUGUAAGCCUCCCUUUAGAGCUUGCUCAUCACAGCAAAGUCAGGGUGAAGGGGGCAUGGUGGCGUGUUUUGAAUUUUUAAUGCCCAAAGCAGACUACGCUGGUCCAUGAGAAUGGCUCUGUUUUUUAAUGACUUGGGUGAGGUUUAUAUGUUGAAUGGGGGAAAGAGGCUCUAGGAGGAUGGAAGGCACAUCUUGGCUAAGAAUGUCACGACUGCUUCACAUAUGUAGCCUUAGGUGCAUUUUGGACAUGGGCAAGUUUUGCAACUAGAAUUCACAUGUUCUGGGGCUUUGCAAAUUGGUGCACUGUGUAAAUGCAGCAUGGAUGAAUGCUGAUUAGAUGAAGCUCUCAUAAAUUACUUAGGCUGGUUUCCUGGGAAUAUUUUGUUUGAAGUGGGAAUUGGUAAUCAUUCAUUCAUUUUUUUAGUAACUGAAUGUGGCAGUUCUAUGAGGCAUCGGGAUCUGAGUGCAGCUGAGAAGAGUCUUGACAACAUCCCUUUGAUAAUCAAGGGCCUUCUUCCUUCAUUGACUUACAUUCAUCAGCCAACUCAUUGAGAACCCAUUGGCAUGCGAAUAAGGAAACUGAUACUUCAUCAGAAUUAAACCCAACAGAAUCUAAAGAAACAGCACCAGCCACGAGUUCUGUGUGCAGAAACAGGUCUCUUUGUACAGCUAAUCACCUUUGUAAUACAUAUCAAAUACAUUUUAUACUAUUUACAUAGUUGCAGGUAGGCAAGUAUGUGCACAAGUCAAAAAUUUCAUAUGCCUUGUUGAAGCAUCAUUUUGAUGCUAAAAUAUUUUUAUCUCAGAAAUCAUACUCCAGGUAAUCAGCAGUCACAAAACACCCCUCCUUUAAAAAGUUAUCUUCCAGCACUCCUUGUGAAAAUGUUCACAUUCAUUAACCAAACCAGAUCUGAUUUGCUAUGCAAUGUUAUCACAUCAUUCCAUUCACUCCGUGAUCCCUGAUUGGGCAAGAGCAUACCCUCCAACAUUCCUCAGAUGAAAAUAGGGACAUUUCUCACUCUCCACUGACCCUCCUCGACCCCCCAUAUUUGCCCCCCACCCUGAGCAUUUCCACCACCACUACAUCAACGGGACACAGCACAGACACCCUCCGCCAUCCUGAGAAAAUCCCUUAAUCCUGAUUUAUUCUAUUCUUUGAUAGAUUUAUAAAAAGAAAAACACACCAAUAAAUAAAUUUUAGGAGGGGGCAAGAUUAGAUGUGGAUUCACAAAUACAUACAUAUAUAUAUAUAUAUAUAUAUAUAUAUAUAUAUGGGAUGCGGGUGUCACUGUGGUGUAAACCACUGAGCCUUGGGCUUGCCAAUCAGAAACUCAGCAGUUCGAAUCCCCGCGAUGGGAUGAGCUCCCGUUGCUCUGUCCCAGCUCCUGCCAACCUAGCAGUUCAAAAGCACUCAAUGCAAGUAGAUAAAUAGGUAUCGCUCUGGUGGGAAGGUAAACGGCGUUUCCGUGCGCUGCUCUGGUUUUGCCAGAAGCGGCUUAGUCAUGCUGGCCACAUGACCUGGAAAAACUGUCUGCAGACAAACGUCAACUCCCUCGGCCAGUAAAGUGAGAUGAGCGCCACAACCCCAGAGUCGUUCGCGACUGGACUUAAGUGUCAGGGGUCCUUUACCUUUUCACACACACACACACACAGUGGUACCUCGGGUUACAGACACUUCAGGUUACAGACUCUGCUAACCCAUAAAUAGUACCUCGGGUUAAGAACUUUGCUUCAGGAUGAGAACAGAAAUCGCGCAGCAGUGGGAGGCCCCAUUAACUAAAGUGGUGCUUCAGGUUAAGAACAGUUUCAGGUUAAGAACGGACCUCUAAGGUAAAGGUAAAUGUAAAGGGACCCAUGACCAUUAGCUCAUCUCGCUUUAUUGGCCGAGGGAGCCGGCAUACAGCUUCCGGGUCAGAGGUACCACUGUAUAUAUAAAUAUAUAAAAUCAAGACUUCUUGCGCUCCACUCUACUCCCCCUUUCUUCCUGGCCAGCAUGGCCCUGCUUUCUGCCUGCCCCUCUGAGCCGGCACAUCACACAGGGCUGGGAUUCAGUGGCCACAACCUCCCCUCCUACUCAUCCACCCUCCAGCAGCUGCUUCAAGCUGCCCAAAGGAGGAAACUGGAAGUGGUGGUCAAGGAGAGGCGAUGGGAUGCUCCCUUGCAGCCUCCUCUGCUGCUGCCAUCACCACUCAGGUCAAGCGCUGGCUCAUUUGCAAGAUCGGUGGCAGUGGCACUGGCUGGGCAAAUAGCGAUAUCCUUGGAUCAAAUCAGAAGCUAGGAUGGCUUUCGUAAUUCCGGGACAGCCUCUGGAAAAUAGGGACACUUGGAGCAUAUGCAAGAUGCGAGUGGAAGAAGCGCUCUGCCCACUUCCUGUAAAGUGGGUUAAUGUGUGAAUAUUCACACAGUUUAAUUAAAUAUCAGUGCAGUGGUCGUGGGGAUGCUAUUCCACUAGUAUUUCUGGUUUAAAAAAAAUUAAACCUGAGAGUUUUUGAUGCACCUCUAAAACUGAUUCUAGAAAUGAAAAAUGGAGAAUUCUCUCAGCUAGGGGAAGAGAACUGCCGAAUGGAGGUGUAGGAAACAACAGUGGGGAAAACGAAGAAAGCAAUGUCACUAUUAUUUAGUUACUCAGUUUGCAGACUUGACUUAGUAUUUAAGGAUACUGGAAAAAAUAAGUAUCCACCCCCGCCCUGGCUGCUUUGACUCCCAGUUCAAAGUCCCAAGAGGAAGUGUGUGUGCAUUGCUAACGAAGGGUUAAGCAAUAAAAGGCGAAGAGCAAUGGCAGAGGUAUGGGGGGAGCCCAGGACAGAAAUAGCAAUCGGCAAGGUUGUGUAGCGAUAAACAUUGGCCUCAUGUGCUCUUGGAGAGCUACUGCAAGGGGUGAGGAGGAGUUCAGGAUCAGGAGAGAGAAGGAGCUCACGGAUUAGGCUGAGAAGAAUGGAAAGGGGUCUGAAGUUUGUGUACCCGCUGCUAUGUGUGGAGCCCAAGACGAGAAUAGUAAAUGAAAAACCUUGUGAGGUCAUCACCACCCACAGCGCUUAUAUCUUCAGGCUGCAUCGGAGUCAACUCAAGUGCUAGGGUUUUCCCCGUUCCAUCCUGCAGUUCAGCAGUCUCUGGUAUUAAGAACUGGUUAUUUAAUAUACCGGGUAGCAAUGUGUGCAUUUAUCCUUAUUUUCUUUUUGCAUUUUUACUCACAAUUUCAGCUUCUCCCUGCUUGGUGUUUACACCCUUCGGAUAUUUGUGGGCCGUUAUCAUAUUGCUUCUUAGUCAUCGUUUAGCCAGCUCUUUUAAUCUUUCUCCUCAGGUCAGUCUCACCAGCUGCUGUCCAAGGAUCUCCUGCAAUUUUUGCAGGCCCUUUCUGGCCCUGUGCCCACGCCGUGGCAUAACAACAUACUGCAAAAGCUCUCUUUAGAACUUGCAAGCACAAUAUUAUAGAGCUCGCAUGCGGGAGAAGCAGUUGGACUGAUUUUCAGUAUUGAUCAGAAGAGGGUAGUUGUUUUUUUGAGUCACAUCCUUUCCAGGCUAUACCCAGGAUUUUUGUGGUGAACUUAAUGAUAUAUUUGUGACCGAGUGGGGCUUAUCAAUCAGUAUGGAACAAUAACCCCCCCCUGCUGUUUUUGGACCACAACUCCCAUUGUCCCUAGCUAGCAGCACCAGUGGUCAGGGAUGAUGGGAGUUGUAGUCCAAAAACAGUUGAGAGACCCAAGGUUCGGAAACAUGGAUGUAAAGUCAAUCUGUGUCAAAGCUAUAUAAUUUACUAAAGCUUUAAAAUAAUGAAUUAAGUUGUCCUUCCUCCCCCCAAAAAGAGUAUUUCUAUGGCUUUCCAGGCUUGAGAAUGUAAGAGGAGUAUGCUGGAUCAGGCCACAGGCCCCAUCUGGAUCACCAUCUUGCUCUCCCUGUGGCCAACCAGAAUGCCUAUUUGAAAUCUGUAGGCAGGACACCUGCGUGCAACAGCACUCUCCACAUUUGUGGUUCCCAGCAUCUGGGAGGGGGGAGGAAGGACAACUAAAUUCUCUGUCAAUGGAGGGAGAACAUAGCCACUGAAGGAUGGUGGGGUUGUGUGUGUGUUUUUUGCUAUAAGACAUGCCCAGGGAUAAUGGGAGUAAUUAAGGUAAAAAAGUAAAGGACCCUUGGACGUUUAAGUCCAGUCAAAGGUGACUAUGGGGUUGGGGUUCUCAUCUCGUUUUCAGGCCGAGGGAGCUAGCAUUUGUCCGCAGACAGCUUUCCGGGUCAUGUGGUCAGCAUGACUAAACUCCUUCUGGUGCAACGGGAGACUGUGACGGAAACCAGAGCGCACGGAAAUGCUGUUUACCUUCCUGCCACAGCCAUACCUAUUUGUCUACUUGCACUGGUGUGCUUUCGAACUGCUAGGUUGGCAGGAGCUGGGACAGAGCAACAGGAGCUCUCUCCGUUGCAGGGUUUCGAACUGCUGACCUUCUAACUGGCAAGCCCAAGAGGCUCAGUGGUUUAGACCACAGUGCCACCCGCAAAUGGAAGUAAUAGUCUAAAACAUCAGGAGGGCAGCAGUUUGGGGAAGGCUGGUACAGGCAGAGGCCUUUCCUCACCUGCCUUCUGGUCCAGAUGAGUUCCAGUUUUGAAGGCUUGUACUGUGCCCUGAUCUCACAAAACAGAUUGGGGGUUCUCUUUAGCCCUAUCCAGGUGUUUAAGAUCACACAAAAAGGAGAUAAGUAAUGCUGCACACAUGCACCUUGCACAUCUCACCAGCUCUUUCCAUAUAUUGGGGGGGGCAUGCCCCGAAUGCACAGAAGAAAUUGGGGAGGGACCAGUGGAGGGGGUGGGGUAAGUGUGUGGGGUCCAGCUUUCCUCCCUCACAUGAUUAUUGCUCCUCAAAUAGGAAAAGUUGUACUCCUAACAAACUACCUACCUGAGCUAAUGGAUGUAAUAUGUGGUUGGGUGUUAUGGAGCUCCAGUCUGUAUUUUUCACUGGACCCUCAAAAUUUAUGUCAUCGAAGACUCCAGAUUUCCUGGCAGCCAAGACAACCAAGGGACAGUUUUCUUAUCUGGUUCAGAAAAGGGUGGUCUAGUGGUAGUCAUGGGCAUAGCCAAGGGGGGCAGGGAGGGGCAGCUGCCCCCCAAUCAAUAAAAAUAAUUAAAAAUAGCUAACUGAGGUUCUGCCCCCCAACAAAAGGCCUACUCCCCCUAAAAUAAAUCCUGGCUACACUCAUGGUGGUAGUGGGUGUUUUGUUGAUUCCUUUAUUAUGUUCAGAUGAGUUUCUAGUUUCAAUUUGUUGGUUAGCUUUUCUAGUAGGGCUGUUUCCCAUACGGUUUGGUACCAGUGGUCCAGGUUCACUCCUGAUAGGUCCUUCCAGAGUCUAGUUAUGAUGUUCCUGGCUGCUAAGAGUAGGUGGCUUAUGAGUUCUUUGUAGCGUGAGUGUGCGUUAUUGUCUUGAAAAAUAUUCAAUAGGGCCAGUUCUGGAAACUUUUGAGACUGACUGGUUAAGAAGUAAGAAAAAAAAAAAAAGCUAUGUGACUGUGUUUUACAGCUGUUUUUAGUUUAAAAUAGUUUUUUCAUUGGUCUUACAUAGAAUCUAAUUUUUUAAUUGUUAAGUGUGGUUUUAACAAUUGUCCAAUAAAUGUUACUUUUUAUCUUUUAAGAGAAGCCCUUGACAAAAGUGUUUGGGGCAAAACACACUGGGCAUAUUGCAUGACUAAAGAACCUGUUCUUCUUAGCAUCUUUGAAAUUUUGCGCUCUCUCUUUUGCAUGACUAUUCUGUUCUGAAGGGCUGCUGGACCCCGGAAGAUGGUGGCAUCUCAGAGGCUUCUGAGAGCUCUUGCAGGAUUUCCAAUACUGUACAGUACUGUUGAUGCCUUGGUCUCCCUGUGAAGUUAGGGCAAUAGAUGUACUUGAUCCAAAUAUCCUCUUCCACUGAGAAAGGUCCAGCUGGCUCCCUAAUUCACUGGAAAGCUCUAAGCUAUGAAGCAGUUUGGGAGGCGGCUUGAACACAAGGUGGUAGAUGACUCACAGUGUGUCUCGCCAAACAUGGACGAAAACUUGUUAUUGAGCUUAAUGUGGUAUAGAACCAGUAUGGACAGAUGUACCUCUACAUGCCCUACCUUUGCCCUUCCCGGCAUAUAACAUCAAGUCUGGAGUAACUUUGAUCAGCUGGACCAGGGAGACAGUGAAUACCUCAUAAGUGGGGAAAGACCUGGCUGCCCUAGAUGAGGGAGUCGUACAUCCGCUAAUGAAAAAGCCUUUCUGAGACACAGAAGAUUGUAAUAAAUAUUGGCAAAUUCCAAAUGUUGCCUUCCUGGGCAAGGUGCUUGAGUGGUUGGUUGCAGUUCAAGUCCAGUUGCUCCUGAAUGAGACCAAUUAUCUACAUCUAUUUCAAUCAUGUUUCAGACCUGUUUUUUUGGCAUAAAAGCUUGCUUGGUCUCCUUGAUGGAUGCCCCAGCCUGUUUCUAGGUCCAAUUCCAGGUCCAACAUAUUCUCCCUUUCAACUCAGCAAGUAAGAGAAAUAGAGACACACAGUGGUUUAUUCAGAUUUAUUUGUAUGCAAGUCCUACUGGAUUUAUUCCAGUGUAAGUGUUAGAGAUUUUCAGAUUAGGGCAUUGUUGUUGUUUAGUCGUUUAGUCGUGUCCAGCUCUUUGUGACCCCAUGGACCAGAGCACACCAGGCACUCCUGUCUUCCACUGCCUCCCACAGUUUGGUCAAACUAGGGCAUACACUAGGGCAUAUCCACACAUACAUGGGUUGCUGUUUCCACGUGUGGGUUUAAGUGCCUUCAUCCUCACAUGAGUGCUUUGAGUUUUAUUCCUCCAGAAUCCACCUCCAUGUUUUCCUUCCACACUAGUAGGUUAAUGCUUGAUGGGGGAUGCGGGUGACACUAUGGUCUAAACCACCGAGUUUCUUGGGUUUGCCAAUCAGAAGGUCGGCGGUUCAAAUCCCCGUGACAGAAUGAGCUCCCGUUGCUCUGCCCCAGCUCCUGCCAACCUAGCAGUUCGAAAGCACGCCAGUGCAAGUAGAUAAAUAGGUACCUCUGCGGCAGGAAAGUAAACGGUGUUUCCGUGCGCUCUGGUUUCUGUUGUGUUGUUCCAUUGCGCCAGAAGCGGUUUAGUCAUGCUGGCAACGUGACCUGGAAAGCUGUCUGUGGACAAACGCCGGAUCCCUCGGCCUGAAAAUGAGAUGAGCGCCGCAACCCCAGAGUCACCUUUGACUGGACUUAACUGUCCAGGGGUCCUUUACAUUUUUGCCCUUUUAAUGCUUGAGGAUAUUGGUACUUUGUCUUGUUGUCACCCUCCCCUCAAUUAGUACUUACUCAUCUAUCAUAAAAUCCAGAAACCUGAGGUUCAAUUUGGGCAUACAUGCACAAGCACCUUUAUUAAAAAAAAUUAAUAGAAGUUUUCCAAUAUUCCAAACCUACAGUAGAGAGGGGAGAUGGGGAGAGAGGAAAGGAAAACAGCACGUGGACUCUCUGUCUCUGACUCUUUCCCUCCUUUCCCUUCUGCAUGAAAUGAGGCUGGGAACCACAUAUAUCCCACUUUCAGCAGGUUCCCCACCACUGGCCUAUACAGAUGUUUUUAUAUUCUGUAUUUUCUAUUCUAAAUAUAGGUGUUUUAUAUUCUGUGUUUUAUAUAUUCUGUGAUAGCUGAAUGUGUGCGCACACACUGUACCUUUAAAGCACAUUCAAAACACAUUCUCCCCUGCAAAGAAUUCUGGGUGCUGUAGUUUACCCCUCAGAGAGAUAAAAGUUCCCAGCAAUCCUUAACAAACUACAGUGCCCAGAAUUCUUAGAGGGGAAAGAAUGGUGCUUCAGUUGUGCUUUAAAGUAUGUAUGCAGCUGUAGGAGUACGAUUUAGUCCUCAGCUAAGCAUGCUUUAGUACGUAUGUUUUAAGACACCAUCAAUGCCUGUCAUAGCAUGGUUGAAUAGAAAUAAGACACAAUGGAUUACAGUGUAUAAGUACAGUAUAAGGACUUUGUUUUUGUUUUGUUUUUAUAGUUGUUUAUUGCUGCAUCAUCAUAGUUAGGUCAACAUCAUAGGUAGUCACAUUUUAUGCUGUUUGCAAUGCUUCCUGAAGCUGCUUUCUUAUUCUAUCCCAUCAUAUUUCCUCCCUCCCUCUAUGUUUCCUCUAUAUUUCUUGGCUUUAAAGAGUGUUUUUCUCCUCUUUCUAUGCAGUUUAAAAACAAUCAGAAGGGUCAAUAUUUUAUUUGAUAUAUUGAUGACUUUUUACUUUAUUCCCGAUUGACUUGGGGGAAAAGAAGUCAUUGUUUUCAAGCUCUCUGGGAAUGAGUUGGUAGGCUUCCACCAUGUGCAUGUGUGUAUUUGUGACAUAGUAAAGUCAGAAAGGAAUUAUUUUCACUUGCUUUCCAGAACAGUAGUUGUAUUGGUCCAUUCUACUAAAAUAAUAAAAAUAAAAAUAAAAAUAAAAAUAAAAAUCUCUGUAUACUUAUUUGAAGGCUCAUCCAGGCUUUCGUUUGUCCUGCUGCUUUCCCCCAGGAAAACCUGCUCUUUAGUGCUGAAUUGGAGCAAACGGCAACCAGGUUUUCCGCAGAUGGUUGUUGGCUCCAAUUUAGCACUAAAGAGCCUGUUUUCCCUGCGAAAGCAGUGAGACAAGUGUAAAACCGCUCAGACCUGUGUCUAGAAAGCACGGGAUAGGCAAAAAACUGCUUGGACCCAUGCCUUCUAUGCAUGGGACAAGCGGGAGUGUGGGCAGUCCUUGAGAGUAACUCUAUCAAGUACAGUAGGGCUUACUUUUGAAUAAAUCUACAGAGGAUUCGGAAUCAUUCACUGAGGUAGCCACGGUGAAAAUGUACUGAGGUGUUUGUUGCAGGUUAGUUCUGCCCGUUCUUGGCUUUGGCUCUGCCCCUUCCUGGCAUGCAAACACCCCGCCAACUGUUAAUAGAGCUCAGUCGGUAGAGCAUGAGAAUCUUAACCUCAGGUUCGUGGGUUCGAACCCCACGUUGGGCAAAAGAUUUCUGCAUUGCUAGGAGUUGGACUUAGAUGAGCCUCGUGGUCCCUUUCAACUCUAUGGUUAUAUGAGGAGGGCUCCACACAUUGGUAGCAUGGGAAUGUGCCCUAGCAUACUGCUGACGAGGAAAUGGAACCCUUAAAAGAAGAAAAGUGGAAAAAAAGAUUGCCCACCCUUUUGAUAAAUGAUGGCUUAUUUCUAGAGGGAGGAACCUUCUUCAGCCCAAGGACCUGCAGGGCAACCAUAGAAUCAUAGAGUUGGAAGAGACCACAAGGGCCAUCGAGUCCAACCCCCUGCCAAGCAGGAAACACCAUCAGAGCACUCCUGACAUAUGGUUGUCAAGCCUCUGCUUAAAGACCUCCAAAGAAGGAGACUCCACCACACUCCUUGGCAGCAAAUUCCACUGUCGAACAGCUCUUACUGUCAGGAAGUUCUUCCUAAUGUUUAGGUGGAAUCUUCUUUCUUGUAGUUUGGAUCCAUUGCUCCGUGUCCGCUUCUCUGGAGCAGCAGAAAACAACCUUUCUCCCUCCUCUAUGUGACAUCCAUAUAUAUAUAUAUAUAUAUAUAUAUAUACACACACACAUAUAUAUAUAUAUGACUUUAAUAUAAAGUAUGUGACUUUAUAUAAAAACCUUUUAUAUAUGUGACAUCCAUCUGUGAGCCAUUCAUCAGCGGUAUGUGGGGCAGGCCCAAAGUGGGUGGAACAACAGAUAUUAAUUUUACCUUUGUAUAGUAAGCUUGUUUCUGCACACACCUGUAUACACGACUCUCUGUUCUCCAUCCAGACAGGAAGGAGGCAUCUUGGAUUACAGUUUGCACAAUCCCAGACCAGUUGUCCUCGCUGGAUGGGGCUGACGGGAGUCCAACAGCAUCAGAGGGGCACCACAUUGCUAUCCCUGUGCAGAAAAAAAAUUUGUCCAUGCCCCGCCCCCCAAAAAACAAUUGUUUAGGUCCUUAGGACAAGGAUGGAUGAGGAAAUAGGGGGUACAUUUAAAGGUAAAGGGACCCCUGACCACUAGGUCCAGUCGUGGCCGACUCUGGGGUUGCGGCGCUCAUCUCGCUUGAUUGGCCAAGGGAGCCAGCAUACAGCUUCCGGGUCAUGUGGCCAGCAUGACUAUGCCGCUUCUGGUGAACCAAAGCAGUACACAGAAACGCCGUUUACCUUCCCGCUGGAGUGGUACCUAUUUAUCUACUUGCACUUUGAUGUGCUUUUGAACUGCUAGGUUGGCAGGAGCAGGGACUGAGCAAUGGGAGCUCACACUGUUGCAGGGAUUCGAACCGCCAACCUUCUGAUCAUCAAGUCCUAGGCUCUGUGGUUUAACCCACAGCGCCACCCGCGUCCCUUGGGGUACAUUUAGGAGUGGUGAAAACCAUCAGUAGUAAUGAAGAUGUCCCAAACAGGGAGUCCCACUGCACAUUAUGCUUGGAUCUGUGUUUUAAAGCCCCAACACCAUGGUUUAUUUUUAAUAAAAGCAAGGAGGAGGACAUUUGGAGCAAAUAAGCAGAAGACGAUUCAUGUAUUCUUAACCUUUGCAAAUCCAAUGGCUCUCCCCUCUCCCUGUAAGAAUCACAACGUCACAUUUGUCAGCGUGUGGUUACCCCUAACCAACCAACCCCCCACAUCAUUUCGUAGGAGAUUCAGAGCGGGGGAGCUGAGUUUUAUUUGGCUCAAUGCUCUCUGUCCCUCCCCAGCAAUAGUGGCAAGGGCAGUGUCUUGUUCUGCUGAUUCAAGCAUCGCCCAUCCUCCUCCUGGCACUUGGAGCAUGUGUGUGUGUGCGCGCGCAGAAGAUGGGGAGGAGGGCCGUGUUCUGCGAGGUGUGAAUUGCCAAGAGCUCAGGACAUUUGCUAGUGGGGGAACACGAGCCUCCUAGUGAGCGUUCAAGCCAGUGCUGGGUUAUUGAAGGGCAUGUGACAAAAGAGCUGUGUGUUCUCAAAUAAAUCCUUCCCCAGGCCGCUCACCGAGAAAUGGGGGACAUGCAAAAAGAAAGGGAGAAAGGGGAUUCAGAAAUCUACUUGGCGUGUAAGACAGCAUAUUCAGCUAGCUCAAAGCCCUGUUGAUCCACAGCACUACUUCAAGAGCAGAAAAGCACCUUGAACCCUGAACUCUGCCCAACCUAGGCUCCACAAUCUUGCCUGCAAGCCCCCGGGGCAGAAAUUAAAUUGGAGAAAAGAAGCAAGAGGGAGAACAGGAAGAAACUAACCCUUUGAUUAUUAUUUUUUUGCUGCAGUGGAAAACCCUCUUUUACUACUCCUCUAUUUUAUUGCAACUCAAAACUCACCUAGAACCACUAGGUGGAAGAUCACGCACAAGACACAGCCACUCCAGAGUUUCUCACUGAGCCCCAUUAUAAAAUAUAUUGCAGCCUUGGACUAGAGGACUGUGUUAUUUCCCACUGGGAGAGGCUUUGUCUCUUUGGUGGCUGAAAAUAGUAGUACUUCCUUCUGAGGUUCAGUGCUAAAGUAUUCUGCCUGUGCUUUGUGAUAUGAUGAGCCUUAAAAAAAAAAAAAGUCUGUUGAAAACAUAAUAAUAAGUUUCGUAUUUAUUACUGUUGGAAAUCUUAUUUUACAUUGAUUUAUUUAGUUUGAACAACUUACCUUUCUGCCUUACAGAAGCAGUGUGCUUUAUGAAAGCUAUUUUGAUCAGGGAUGGAUGAAUCUCGACCGUUUUCAGUUUCUCUCAGUUUCUUGUUUUUCCAAACUUAACUUCGGUUCACCACAUAUCUGCAUCAGCUUGUGUGUGUUUUCGAUAGAAAGUCCUCAUAAAGAGAUGUCGGCAUUUUAGAGCACAUUUCUCCAAAAAUAUACCCAUUUUUCUAUACAUUUUUGCCUAAUAUGCGCACAUUUGCAAGCAGCUUUCCCUAAUACAAUGCAUUCCCAGAAGUCAUUUUCAGCAAUAUAUGCAUUUUUCUGUUUGCAUUUCCCUAAUGGGCAUGUUUGGUGGCGCUGUGGGUUAAACCACAGAGCCUAGGACUUGCUGAUCAGAAGGUUGGCGGUUCGAAUCCCCGCGACAGGGUGAGCUCCCGUUGCUCAGUCCCUGCUCCUGCCAACCUAGCAGUUCGAAAGCACGUCAAAGUGCAAGUAGAUAAAUAGGUACCACUCCAGGAGGAAGGUAAACGGCGUUUCCAUGCACUGCUCUGGUUCACCAGAAGCGGAUUAGUCAUGCUGGCCACAUGACCCGGAAGCUGUACGCUGGUUUCCUCAGCUAAUAAAGCGAGAUGAGCGCCGCAACCCCAGAAUCGGCCAUGACUGGACCUAGUGGUCAGGGGUCCCUUUAUCUUUAUUUGCUUGGAGAACUGCAUCACAAAAUUCAGAGAAGUGCAAUUUCAAACGACGGCCAUGUUUAAAUUAGCACCAGGAGUGGAUUGCUCAGUGGGGAGAAGCCUCUGAAAUGGACUUCUGACAGGAGUUGGGAGGGGUGAGGCUGCCUGGAUGCAUCCAUACAACAACCUUGUGAGGCAGGUUAGGCAGAAAGACCGGGGCCGGAACAAAAUACCGUAUUUCACCACAUCAUUGUCACCACCUAAUAAUAGUCGCACCCCUUUAUUCGGGCCCUGAAAUCGGUCCCAGAGCAUUCACCACACAAUAGUGGCAGGGCAUUCUCAGAGCGCAUUCUCAGUACCAGCUGAAGGUGCAAGGGGAGCGGACGGGCCGACAUAUCUGCCAUGAGUGAGGCACAAGAGACCUUGAUUGCACCAAAAACAGUAACAAUUAAUAAGCAACAUAAACAUAAGCUUGUUCGGCAAUAAAAAUUGUUUCCUCACAUAAUGGUUGUGCCUCGGUUUUUCACCACAUAAUCGCCACACCAUCCUUUUUUUGGAAAAGAAGAAUUGGCAUUAAAGCUGUGACUAUUAUGCAGGGAAAUACAGUAACUCAGUGAAUUUUGCAGCUGAGGGACAAAUUAGAUGGUUGAAUACCCUCCUGGCUUUUUCUGUUUGUUAAUGAAUAUUAGUAAGUAGAAGGCUGAUAAUUUCACUGGAAGACUGAAAGGAUGAGCUUCACUGGGUACAUGGCAGCAGCGGAUAAAGAUUUCUUCAUCGCCAUCCCUCCUGCCACCUCAGAGACCAGCAAAUGGAUAUAAGCUUCUUCCCAGCCCAGGUCGUGAAGAGAUUUGGGGAGAGAAUGCUGAGAAGCAACCUUGUCAAAUUGCUCCAGAUUGUCUUCCAUUCCACAUCUCCACCAGGGCAGCGACAGAGCUGUUGUCAUAGUAUUCUCCAUCAUCCUUUGGAUAUUUUGGAAAUCUGUUGGAUCUGUUAGUCUUUGUGGACUGUGGGUGGCUUGCUAUCCCAGUGGCAUAGCAUGGGUGGGGCAGCCGUGGCCGUGGCCCUGUGCGCAUUUUUUAAGGGCAUUUUUUUGGGGGGGGAUACCUGUUGUAUCCUCAUGCCACCCCUGCGGCUCAACCCCGUGCCACUCUGUGAGAGCAGCUGCAUUUUGUUUCGCUGGCAUGGGUGGUGGAAAGACUAUAUGAACAGAAGUGUUUACACAGAAAGUUGGGAUGAUUUCUGAGCUUCUGCAGAAGUAGGAGGAACAAUUGCUUUCUGUGUAUGAUGGCUCCAUUUGGUGAGUUGUCUUAAGGGGGGGUGAUGGUUGCCCUCCUAGGUGACAUCAUGCUGGGUCAUAAGGAAAGGGUUAAAUGAGUGUGAAGUGAUUGGCAAGUGGGAACCCAAGGGGAGGAGUUAGAGUUGGAGUUGUUGAGGAGUCAGUCGGGUGUUAGAGAAGAGAGAGGCAGGAUAAGUCUGUGGGUUGGGAUAGUUUUGAUGUGAGAGAGUGAGAGAAUCUGUUAAGAGGAGUCAGAUAGACAGUUGGGAUAAUCAUUUAGAAGUUAUUAGGAAGGUAUAGGCUGGUAAAGAAACUAAGAUUAAGAAACUGACAAGAAAAAUUAUCUGAAACCAUAAACUUGUUAAGGCUUAUAAAAUAAACUUGUUUAUUUGGUUUAAUGUUAACAACUGUCUGGACUCCGUGUGUACCCGAGAGAAACGGGUUGGUGGCAGCGAAAAAGCAAUCACAGUGGUGGCACAGGGAUCAAUAGACCGUCAAACGUCUGAGGACCCUGUGUGAUCGCCACAGGGGGAUAUUAUUAUUUUUUUAAAUUGCAGCCUCAGCAUCUUCCAUUUAUUGUUGACCAUAGUCAUUUUGAAAAUAAUGGAUCUUAUUUUCUUCCUGUUGCUCUGCAAGCACUGGCUUAUUUUCUGUGUCUGGCUGGUCUGUUGAUUUUAAUGCCAAAGAACUAAUUACACAGAGGUAAAGGAUAAUGAUUUGUAAAGGAUAUGAUCACAUGGGUUACAGGGAUUGUACAUGCAGGUCUGGCUAUCAGAAUACUUCUCAUGCAAAAUUUCAGUUAUCUGAACACAAAGAAUUAUACUCAAACUUUGCUACACAAAUGGUUGAUUCAGAUAUCUGAAUGUCCAGAGUUUGCCCACUUCUUUAGUUGUCUGUGUUUUGCUGGUCACUGGCAGUCAUUUCAGGCAGAAAUCAUGGAGAGAAGGAGGGAGAUUAGCAAGAUCAGGGAGCAGGAGAGAUCAGACAAAUCACCUUUUUUUGCCUUUUUUGGGCAGAAACCAGGGACAGAAGGAGACAAAUCACAGAUUAGAAAUGUUCCCUUCGGAAAUAAUGGAAAUCACCAGCUCAUUAUGUGAACACUCACCUAAUGAAUGAUUUUCCUGGGAAUGCAUUCUGUUCAGAAAGCAGGAUCUGUGUGUACACAGAACACACACAGGCUGUGGUCAUAUCUUUCCCCUUACAGAUGGAAAAACAUCAUAAUUGGGGGAAAAUGGUCCACAGAAAGGGGCUAUACAUCCCAAUGCAGUUUUUCCAUUUUUUAAAGUACAAGCACAAGUUUGGAGACUGUUACAGGCAUCUAGUUUGGACCCAACAUUUCUCCAGAGAUAUGGCUUGAUCACACAUGCAGAUUCAUCAGGUGGUUACGGUCUGCAUGCUAGUUACACAUCAUUAAAGUAGAUGUAAAUUAAAGACGGCACGGAUCUAGGGAAACCACCUAUGGGGUCUUGCUGCUAUCAAGUCCCCCUUGGUCUCUUUUUCUUGUCUUAUGAGUGACUUGGUUGUGCUAACUGCCCACUCCUCUAUCCUCAGCUCUAUGGCCAGUACACAGACAACCUCUGCAGUCUUUCCCAGAAGGAAGAAGAUGAACUCCUGGGGGAGAAGAGGCCCCAACGCAAUGGCCAGGGGCCCCUGAAGCGAGUCAGCCAGGCCGAAGUGAAAGCAGAACGCUACUCCAAGUGCCAUGGUAGGCCUCAGUGAAGCCCUGCUUUUCCAACGGGCUUUCCACACUGGUACACUAUCCAGCGUGAAAAUGGAUGGAGUUAAUUGUGUCAGGGCAUGUGUGGAUGCAAUGAAACAAUCCCAGAGGUAAACAGAAAGCUUUGGUACUUCCAUUCCUUCUUCUGGAAGCUAUCUACCUUCAGGAGAACCUUCCUACUACACUGGUGUGUAGUGAGGAGCUGCACAUUGACCACCAAAUAACUGUGGCAGAGGUGGGGAACCUCUGGUCCUUCAGAUGCUGCUGAACUACGUCUCCCAUCAACCCCAGCCAGCAUAGACAAUAGUCUAGGCUGAUGGGAGACGUACUGUACCACAACAACAUUUGGAAGGCCAGAGUUUCCCACACCUGCUGCAUGGGUUACAGAGGGUUAGGUUUUCAGAAACAGGCUUGAGAUAAGAGUUGAGGAACUUUUCACAAGUGACUAACUGGUUAAAUGGCACUAUUAUGUGCUACUCGUUUCCCAGCAAGGUGAUGCAUUCCAGGAGCAGCUUCCUGGGUUUGGUUUCUGAGGUCGCUGGACAUUUAUGGUGGGUUCUGUAGCAUUUGAGUUUAUUUACAAAUAUGCAUGUUGAACGCAGGUGGUAGAAAUAAGAACUUAAAUGCUCUUACAGUCGAAAGGAAGCUAUCACCAGGAAUGACUAGCCAUAGCAGUAGGAAGACAGUGGAAUAAAUUGGCUCAAGAAAAGGGUUAGGCGAAUGUAAUGGUGUUCGGGGCCAUUAAUAUACAGAAUGAGAUAAUUCAGAAAUGAUAACUUACUCUCAAUGCGCCUCACAUAUUUUUGAGCUCUGGAAAGUAGGAGUUCAUGGAAGGAGACCAGUGACUGACACCACAAUGUGGCUUUUAUCAUAUUGUUCUUGAAUGCACAACAUGUAGUGUCCUGUUAGAUGGACUAUUCAGGUCUGCCAGUUUUACAAUUUUCACAGAUUAGGUGAAAUGGGAAACAUUUCUUAUUUUUUCUUGUUUGUUUUAUGCCUACUGUUUGCUGAUUUUAAGCCAAAUGCACAGUCAAUAUUUGAUUAAGUACAUGGAUCGAAGCUGAUUUGAUUGCUGUUGAAUUCAUUGAAGCUGAUUGAACUGAUAUCCAAGUACUGCAGCUUUACCUGAGUUAUGAAGUGGACCACCAGCAAGUUUAAGGUGCACCAUCAUCUGUAUGAGAAGAAAAGAGCAGUCUGGUGUCAGUUUGGCUCUUUUCAGUGGCAUUGCUUUCUGUGGGAAAGAUCUAAGCACAUGCCAACUCUCCCAAUGAAAUAAAUAGGACUAUGAAAUACUGAACUUCUGCUGGUUCGUGUCCAGAAGCUUUUUGUCAGCUCGCACUGUUAUGGUCUGAAAUUUCUUUAUCCUCCACAGCCUGCGCUAAAAGAAUCCAGAACUAUGUUACCAAGAAGAUGGGAGAAGACUGGAUCUUCUUGGUCCUCCUGGGCCUUGUCAUGGCACUGGUGAGCUGGGGGGUGGAUUACUCCAGUGCCAAGAGCCUGCAAGGUAGGUGGACUGACCCUUUGCGCCCCCCCCAACUCAUUUGUUGUUCACGGGGUACAUUGUUUGCUCCAAAAACCCGUCAUUAAUAACACAAAUCCAGAAGAGUUGGACUUUAGGACAUUCCCACCACAUGUGGAAGUAUGUGCCUGUGGAGGUGCAUCCUCUCCAGCAUUUUGGUGAGACUCCUGGGCGUAUCAGCACUAGUUUAUGUGGUGUUAGGUACCAUCUGUAAAUGAGUUUCAGAGUGAGUUCUUUUCGCUGAUAUGGAUUUAAAGGGAGGUUUAGACCACAUUCUAGUCCAUUGAGUGGGGUUAAUCUCAUAGCCUAUGUUGUCCUCCAGUUGUUUUUUGAUUACGUCAAAGGGGUUUGUGGGAUUUUGGAGCAAUAUUUUGUCUAUUGCGGAUACCAUCCCUUUGCCAUGUCCCUUUGUUGUUAGGAGGAGGUUUUCGAAGGUUGUCAAGGGCCUAGUUGCUGCUGAUUUUACUACUGGAUUGUUUAAGAGGGCAUGUAAUUGGUGUAUGUAACACUAAUGUCUCACAACAAAUGAAACUGAUCUGUAGAAAAUGCAACUUGAAAAAGAGACAAUGCACAUAUUUUGUAAACCAAUAAAUUAUAUCUAUCAUCUAUUUAUCUAUCUAAUGAAUCCAUACUACAGGCUGCUGGGAAGAGCAAUAAAAAGGGAGAGGAUCUGUGUGAAGUUUGAAAGUUCUUAAAAAAAACAGACCAGGUUUGCAAAGGCGUAUAUGUAUACUUGUGUAGACAGCCAUGAGCAGAUGGAGGGUGUCUCUACACCAACUCUCACCUGCCAAUUUGAAGAAAUUACAUCCGGAUCCCUGUUCCUGAACUCAGGCUCUUAGUAAUAGCUAUCAGGGCUGCCUUUACCUUACGCAGAGUCAGGGAGCAGCAUUCAGUCUGCAUGUGGCUCCAGCCUCAGUGACCCCCUCCAUGCAGAUUGAAGGUGUAAAUAGAUGAAUAAACCAUAUUUCUUAAAGCUACAACAGUCUUAACCAUGUCUCAGUUUUCCAAAGGAACACAGACCCUGGGUGAGUGCCUGGAACCCCCUGGACACUUGCCACCACUCAGCGGAGAGAAGAGGAGGCACCCAGCUUUUGUAACCCAUUGUUCUGCAUGUAUCUGAUGCUUGCUAGUCCUCCAUCUCCCACUGUGGCUGUGUACACCCUAUACCUUUAAAGCACAUUUGAAGCAGUUUCUUUCCCCUCAGAGAAUUCUGGGCUCUGUAGUUUGUUACUGGCUUCUGGGAAUUGUAACUCUGUAAGUACUCAGAAUAUCAGAAGGUGACGUUUUCCUCCUAAUUGGAGUUCCAUAUUACAAAGGGCUUUCUAUAUUUAAUAUAUGCUGCCACAUAGCUGUUAAAGCAACAAGAGUCCUGCUCUCCCCCAAUGCCAACCCUAAAACUAUGCCAAGAACUCAAGUUUCAUGAGCUGCAAAAUAAGCUAUGUUACUGCCGUAGGUCUUUCACCAGCUCAUCUUCAGCUGGCAAUACAGUGGUACCUCUGGCUACGAACUUAAUUCGUUCCAGAGGUCCGUUCUUAACCUGAAACCGUUCUUAACCUGAGGUACCACUUUAGCUAAUGGGGUCUCCCGCUGCUGCCACCGCGCGAUUUCUGUUCUCAUCCUGAGGUAAAGUUCUUAACCCGAGGUACUACUUCCGGGUUAGCGGAGUCUGUAACCCGAAGUGUUUGUAACCCAAGGUACCACUGUACUACAUUCAGUGCAAGACCAGACAUGGCAUUUCAGGUGCAGGGGGUCAAAAGUGAUUUUAAGAUUUAGGGCAGUUUUGUUUAGAUGCUCAUGCUUGGAUAAAUAGUUAAACAACAUUAUUCAUUUGUUGUGACGGUUUAUUAAUAUUUCAGAAUAAGCACAGCAUUUUUUUUCCUUUUUCAUUUCUGUGCAAAAAGGCUUUGAAAUCUUGUGCCCUUGCAACAACAAAAACAUUUAAGUGUUUUAUCUGCAGCAUCAAACCCCGCCCCCGGUAGGAAAGCAACCAGUCACCUUGCUACAGUCAACUUAACCACCCCACCCUGCCCAUAGCUGUCAACGUUUCCCUUUUUAAAGGGAAAUUCCCUUAUUCCGAAUAGGAUUCCUCGCAAGAAAAGGGAAAAGUUGACAGCUAUGACCCCGCCACUGCUGUAUUUCAGGGAGGCAGGGGACACAUACUAAGAUAUUGGGUAACCAUAACACUCCAAUCAAUUAUGAAGCACACAAUGAACAUUUCUCUUCAGCACUGUAGCUGAUGGGAAUUGUAAUCCUCAACAUCUGGAGGGUGCCAUGUUGGGGAAUUUGGUUUAGUUUGUUGCUCAUUGGAUUCUUUUCAUGUUCUGAAGUUGCUGGCCUUUGUUUUUAUGCCCCCACUACAGCUUACAAGUGGAUGUACAACUCGCUGCACCCAAGUAUCCCUAUGCAGUACCUGGCCUGGGUGACCUAUCCGCUCGUCCUGAUCCUCUUUGCUGCCCUCUUCUGCCAACUUGUCUCUCCGCAGGCUGUGGGUGAGAGAGAGCAAGGGAUGGGAAGAUUUGCCUAUCUGUCUAAGGCUAAGAACGCCUCCUGACAUCUUUUUCGUUAUGCAUUUGUGAUGAUUUGUGCUGGUGAUGCUGUCAGUGAGGCAUAAACAACCCCUCUUUCACUGCAGUUUGUGCCUGCAAAAGUUUGGAGGCAGUCACACUGCCAUAACCGUCAAGUGUCCUGGAAAAAACGGGAAAUCCUAUUUUAUUGUGUAAGAUCAUGGCCGGCAUUUAGGGUGCUACGCGCUCUCACGCCGCAAUCUUGCCCGCCAAAGCACUUUGGGGGUCGUGAUUGCAGCGUGAAUUACGUGACUUGCCCAGGAGUUCAUCCUUGAAGACACAUGUCCCGUUUUUUAAUCUGAAAAAGUUGGACGGUGUGCACUGCUUCAUUUCUAGUCAGGAUAUAACUUUAACUUCCUGCUGGAAUUCCGUCAGUUUCCACACCACAAAUGUUCUAGUUUAUUUUUUGUCCCUUCUUUGUUGUGCUAUCACUCCUCCAGAAAGCAGUAACAUGGUAGCAUAUUAUACCUGUAUACCUGUAUACCUGAAGGAGCGUCUCCACCCCCAUCGUUCAGCCCGGACACUGAGAUCCAGCACCGAGGGCCUUCUGGCAGUUCCCUCAUUGCGAGAAGUGAGGUUACAGGGAACCAGGCAGAGGGCCUUCUCAGUAGUGGCAUCUGCCCUGUGGAACGCCCUCCCUUCAGAUGUGAAGGAAAUAAGCAGCUAUCUUCUUUUUAAAAGACAUCUGAAGGCAGCCCUGUUUAGGGAAGUUUUUAAUAUUUAAUGCUGUACUGUUUUUAACACUUGAUUGGAAGCUGCUCAGAGUGGCUGGGGAAACUCAGCCAGAUGGGCGGGGUAUAAAUAAUUUAUUAUUAUUAUUAUUAUUAUUAUUAUUAUUAUUAUUAUUAUUGAAGCAUUUAAAAACCCAGCCAGGUGGACAGGGUAUUAUUAUUAUUAUUAUUAUUAUUAUUAUUAUACUGUAAAACAGAAUAAACCCACUGCCAAUGCACUGUUACUAUGUUAAGAACAUGUUGCAGAAAAUAUACCUGCAAUAAAACACCAGUUUAGAGGGGCUCUUAGAUUAUCCACAGCAACAAAUCCAUUUCUUUUAAGCCUAGGCUUGCCCCAGUCAUGUAUGCAGUCUCCCCCCACCUCCCAUUUUUAGAGCAAGAAGGGAGCAUAGUCAGAGGGAGCUGAUCUUUCCUUCUCUUGCCUCUUAAUUCCCUUAGGCGUUUUGCUCCCAGAAGAUUGGGGUGGGGUGAGGGGGGUGACAUCAGGAGAGGGACCAUGGGGGGAGAUUAGCUGCAGAGAGGGGGAAGAAUGUGGCUCCCCACAUACCCCGUUUGUUCAGAACCCCCUGCUUUCUUUGCAAUAGGAGCCAACCUGUUUUCAGCUAACAGGUGUUUGUCCCCUGUAGUUUGAGCCUCUGUCUCUCUGCGCAGGGUCCAUUCUGUGGCACAAUUCCUCACCUUUCCUUUCUGCUUUGUUCAGGCUCCGGGAUCCCUGAGCUGAAAACCAUUAUGCGGGGAGUCGUCCUCAAGGAAUACCUCACACCCAAAGCUUUUGUGGCCAAAGUUGUAAGCCUGACAGCUGGCCUAGGAAGUGGGAUACCUGUUGGGAAAGAGGUGAGCACUGCCAGGGCUUGGGGAGGGGAGAAGGGCAAGUUGCAGAAGGCAGGGGGUGUAAUUCCAUUAUACACUUCAUCAUAUACCUUUAGGCUCCAGGCAAAAGUGUUUCUCUUUAACCAGACCUUUUGCUGAUUGACGUCCAAUGCCUUUUUAAAAUGUGUUGGGGAGGGGGAGAGGCUACUGGGUUGUUUAUGUUUUUAUUAUGUAUUUUGUGAUUUUAUGUUGUAACUGCCCUGAGACCUGCAGGUAUAUGAUGGUAUGCAAUUAUUAUUAUUAUUAUUAUUAUUAUUAUUAUUAUUAUUAGUGCUGGGGAGGCAGAUUUCAUCCCCAUCACCUCUAUUUCUGAUGUUCAGACUAUGAGUGCUGUUGCUAAUGACAGCACCACCUACACAUAAGGGAAGUAUUCUCAGGCUUGGGGAAACCCUGAGCUUUGCAAAAAUAGAAACAUAUACAGUUGUACCUUGGUUUUCGAACAGAAUGCGUUCCAAAAGUCCAUUUGACUUCCAAAACAUUCAGAAACCAAGGCGCGGCUUCCAAUUGGCUGCAGGAGUGUCCUACAGCCGUUCAGAAGCCGCGGAAGCCAUGCCAGAUGUUUGGCUUCUGAGGCAAAGUUCACAAACUGGAACACCUACUUCCGGGUUUGCGGCGUUCAAGUUCCAAGUUGUUAAUGAACUAAUCUGUUCAAAAACCAAGUUUUUGUAUUUAAAAUGAAAGAUGUUCUGUUAAAAGGUAAGGGGACCCCUGACCAUUCGGUCCAGUCGUGACCGACUCUGGGGUUGCGGCGCUCAUCUCGCUUUACUGGCCAAGGGAGCCGGCAUACAGCUUCUGGGUCAUGUGGCCAGCAUGACUAAGCCGCUUCUGGCGAACCAGAGCAGCACACGGAAACACCGUUUACCUUCCUGCCGGAGCAGUACCUAUUUAUCUACUUGCACUUUGACGUGCUUUUGAACUGCUAGGUUGGCACGAGCAGGGACCGAGCAACGGGAGCUCACCCCGUCAUGGGGAUUCGAACCGCCGACCUUCUGAUCGGCAAAUCCUAGGCUCUAUGGUUUAAGCUACAGUGCCACCCGUUCUGUUAGGGGAACUCAAAACAGCCCAUUGAGGACUGAGGGUGCUUAGUGGCCACAGAGUGCUGUUCAGCUGUUGGGGAAGAGAGAACAGAAUGAAACAGCUGGGAUACAGAACAGCGGCACCCUACACUGCAACAUUUUGUUGCAGUUUCUACUUGUGGCCGUCUGUUUCAUAUUGCCUUAGGAGGUUGAUGGUGGCUAAUUCAGCCACUCUAAUUUCUUGGGGGGGGCAGGCCAGGCAGAAGAGUUGCUAUUGGUCGAGCUCCUAGGAAGGGGCAUGGGGAUGCAGAGUCAGUAGGCAGACCCAUAGGAUUGGAAGGGAACCACAAGGGUCAUCUAGUCCAAUCUCCUGGGGAAGGAGGCAGGUCGAAGGUAAAGGUGGAAGAUAGAGCAGUCCUAACAAGGACAGGGCCAGGAGGAGGAGGGCUGGGGAGAAAGAACAGGGCAGGUGGUAAUAAUAAUAAUAAUAAUAAUAAUAAUAAUAAUAAUUUUUAUUAAUACCCCGCCCUCCCCAGCCAAGGCCGGGCUCAGGGUGGCUAACAAGCAAUAAUAAAAACAAGUUAAAUGAAUACAACUCAAAAACAAGAUUAAAAUACAACAUUAAAAUACAACAUUAUGUGAGCUUUAUCAUGUGACCCAGGAGCUUCUGAGGUGGGGAAGGCUGAUGCUCACACAUUGCUUUGAAAUAAUAAGCAGCCGAUCCUUCGACUGGAGGCCUCUCUCUCAGGCUCCAGAGGGAGACACAAACCUAACCUUCUUCCUCUCCUAUUAAGGACCUUUUAACUCACCUUGUCAUUCUGAUUACACUGAUGAUCUUGCCAGCCACGCAUGGGCUGCCUAAAGGUAGAUUUCGAAAGUGUGCCUUUUCAGUAGCAUGAGAGAGUCUUACAAAGAUGUUGGUGGGUCUGGGAGUGAUAAAAACAGAUAGGAGAGGCAGAAUCUUUGCUACUUUUUGGCAUAAAACUGAACUGAAUCCUCAACUUUCCUUCCUUCCUUCCUUCCUUCCUUCCUUCCUUCCUUCCUUCCUUCCUUCCUUCCUUCUUCAGGGCCCCUUUGUGCAUAUUGCCAGCAUCUGUGCUGCCGUCCUCAGCAAGUUCAUGUCCAUCUUUUGCGGUGUGUAUGAGGUAAGUGUUCUGCAUGCUCCAUCUGGUCUGUGAUGGAGGCUGUCAAAGGGGGACGGGGAGCCUCAGAGACCCAGAAUAUUGAAGGCAGGACCAGAAUGAAUAAAAAACAGAAUAAUUCUAAACUAGCUGGCAAGAGGGAAAUGACAGCAAUUGGCAGGUUUAGCUGUCCGUUAAAUAAAAUACAGAGGAACCCUCCAAGAAUCAUGAACCCAAAAAGCUUUGGAAGCUAAAACCACUCCAUGCCUGAUUGUAGUCAGAGUUAGGGUCACCCUAUUUUCUUCUUUAAAAAAAACAAAAACAAACAACCAAUCCUAAAAUAUCGGAAGCAAAGCUUGGCUCCCCGAAAACCACAGCUUCUUUGUAAACCAAAUUGCCGGUUUCUAGAGCAUUUGCUGAAAAAGUUAAAAGGACUUCUGUCAAAGGAUCAGAAAUCAAAGAGGGUUUGAACAGGGCUCCUGAUAGCUGGCGAUGAGCCUAUGAUAAUCUGUACAUCCGCCUAUUCCUCAUGCAUCACUCUACUUGUCCUGUUCAACACCUGACCUUGUAAAAACAUGUAUCCGCAUUCUUGCAAGCCUGAAUCUUGGAAGCGAAAUUAUGCAAAACGGGUGGGACGUACAUAAAACAGUGUACACCGGCACAAUUUCACUUUCUUUUGCCCAGAAAUAGUGUUUUGUAUUUUGGCGCACAAGGUCCAAACUUUGGUCACUGCUACCCAUAUAUAUACUGUGUGGUUGAGCAGCUGUAAAUAAGCACGAAUAAUAAUAAUAAUAAUAAUAAUAAUAAUAAUAAUUAUUUAUAUCCCGCCCUCCCAGCCGAAGCCGGGCUCAGGGCGGCUAACAACAAUAAAACAGUACAAAAGUACAGCACAAACAACACUCUAAAAUCAUUCAUUAUAAAAUUUCAUCGAGGCUUGUGCAUUAGUAGCAGGCAUCAAGACGUCCGGUGGGAUGGGGGCUUUUAAAAAUAAAUAAAUAACAACACAUAAACAUUACAGUAAGAAACAUGGUUGUUGUAAGCAGUUGUGUUUUGAGGCUGGCGUGGCUCCGGACGCUUAUUGCACACAAUGCUGGCUGGACGACUAAAGAGGCUCGAGCUCUGUAGCAGUGGCUGGCUUGGUGACUGGCUGCGCAAUACCGUUCCAAUAGCUGGUAACAACUGCCAGGCUAGUAUGGAGAACUGGCACAUAGGCUAUAUAGUAUUUGGUGGUGCAUAGAAAGGAACGGGGUCACCGUAGGUGCUGGCUGUGGGUAGUGACUGGCUCACUGCUCACUUCCUCUGUGAGAGAAGGCUGGUUUUGCUGCUCGCUGUUGCUUUGUGCCGGAGGAGGAGGAGGAGGGAGGAGAGGACUAACCUUGUGGCUGUGCUCCCUCCUAACACUGGCAUGCUUCUCUCUGGCUGGCCUCUCUAUUCCAGAAUGUGCACAGGCAGCUCGACCUCCUGGUGGCGGCUUGCGCAGUUGGAGUUGGAUGUUGCUUCGGGGCUCCUCUUGGAGGCAAGUGCAAUUCCCGUAUUUAUGCCAGGUGUUUACCCACCCCACCCCCCGCUCCCGACUGAGGAAGUUUCUGGAAUGGAAGCCAUGUUUUCUGCUCAACUGACAACCGUCGUGGUGCUGCGGUGUGGUUCUUUUACCUCGCGUAACCCAACAGAGAAACAGAAAAUGCAGCGAAGGGACAUCUUGUGGGAAAUAGAAAGUGACUUUGGUGCAAGGAUGUGUUGGGCAGGGAAUAAUAAUAAUAAUAAUAAUAAUAAUAAUAAUAUUUAUUACUUAUACCCCACCCAUCUGGCUGGGUUUCCCCAACCAACUUGGACAGCUCCCAACAGAAUAUUUAAAAAACACAAUAAAACAUCAAACAUUAAAAACUUCCCUUAACCAGGCUGCCUUCAGAUGUCUUCUAAAAGUCAGAUAGUUGUUUAUUUCCUUGACAUCUGAUGGGAGGGAGUUCCACAGGGCGGGUGCCACUACCGAGAAGGCCCUCUGCCUGGUUCCCUGUAACCUUGCAGAGAGGAAACUGCCAGAAGGCCCUCGGAGCUGGACCUCAGUGUCUGAGCUGGACUAUGGGGGUGGAGAUGCUCCUUCAGGGAAUGACAUAAAUCACAUAUGCCAAUAAUAUCUAGCUGCCUCUAUUUUUCAGGGACAGUCCCUAUUUUCCAGCUCUCUCUGUGUCUCCAGUAAAUCACAGUUUCUCUUGGGGAAAAACUGGGGUGCUUUUAAAAUAACAUUGUUAGCAUGGAUACAGCUGGGGGUACUACCUUCUCUGUCAUUCUUCUCCCAUAACUGCCUAUCCAGAUAGAGAUGAGCGGGAGUUUUUCAGUAUCUCCAUAUUCACACUUCCCUUCUGAAGUAGCACAGUUCCAUAACCAUAUUAUAUUUUUGCACAUCGAGUGUGGCUCUAACUUCCCCAUCUUUCCUUGUCCAAACUUCAACAAAGCAAGGAAAGCGUUGUACACCUAUUCCGCCAUUUUCUAUUGAAUGUCUCCAAACUGCUCAUAUCUUGUUUUAUUGCAGGAAACUGUGGAAAUCCUACACAUGUGCCAAGCGCUGCCCUAGGUAGAUGCUCCCUAUUGUAGCUUCCUAGCACGUUUACAUGCAGCCAUUGACACAUGCCCCGAAUUUUCACGCAUGACCAUCUACUUGAUAAAUCAUUGCAGUUUCCUACACUUCUGGGUUGGAGCUGUGUGAUUUGUGAAAUUUGUAACAUACACUACAUCUCUUAACCCCUUGAACAAUUGACACCUGAAUACAUUAUUCACAUGUGACUCUGGAAAGAUGGGGGAAUUCUGCAUUUACAGGAGCUGAGGCCUUGUCUCUUGCAUGAAUCCCUUUUGGUAUUACAUCACCUUCUUGCUAAGCGCACCCAAGCUUGUGUGUUGGUGAGAAAUGAGGCGGGAACUCUUGGCAUAUACAGUGGUACCUCGGGUUACAAACACCUCAGGUUACAAACACUUCAGGUUACAGACUCCGCUAACCUGGAAGUAGUACCUCGGGUUAAGAACUUCACCUCAGGAUAAGAACAGAAAUUGUGCGCCAGCGGCGCGGUGGCAGCAGGAGGCCCCAUUAGCUAAAGUGGUACCUCAGGUUAAGAACGGUUUCAGGUUAAGAACGGACCUCCGGAACAAAUUAAGUACGUAACCAGAGGUACCACUGUACAGGAUCUUCCAGUGGGUUCAGUGUGCGUUGUUAGAUAACAUCUACGGUAUUGAUCAUUCUUUGACACUAGCUACCAAUUCUGUCACUCAUUCUUCCCUUUCUCUGCUUCUGUGUCUCACUUUGUGUGUCUUGUGUGUGUCUUUGUCUUUCUCUCUCUCAUGUCUCUUCCACCAGUAGCAGCCAUAUUAUUACACAGAUGUCCUGACUGUGGGAUGUGCAGUAGGGGUUGGCUGCUGUUUCGGGACACCAUUGGGAGGCAAGUGAAUGCUGGCUGUCGUCUAACUUUCGCUAGAAACAUUGCAUCGUUCCUCCUCCCCACCCAGCCCAAAUUAUAACCCAUCCUCUAAAUUCCUUUUUCUGAUGCUGGCAGGCAGAUUCCAGGUUUGUUAGGACUCUUUGGUUGUUGUUUUUGUUAAACUAGAAACCCACGGUCUACCAAGUGUGAGACACACACAGGUGAAUCAAAAAACAGGGUGCCUCUAGGCAUAGGAAUUUGCUUUUCAAUACUGGAACUGGACAUCCUUCUCUCACACAAAAGACUGCUCCUGGUUAGCUUUCUUUUUGAGAGCCAGUGUGGUGUAUUGGUUAAGAGUGGUAGACUCGUAAUCUGGUGAACCAGGUUCGCUUCCCCGCUCCUCCACAUGCAGCUGCUGGGUGACCUUGGGCCAGUCACACUUCUUUGAAGUCUCUCAGCUCCAUUCACCUCACAGAGUGUUUGUUGUGGGGGAGGAAGGGAAAGGAGAAUGUUAGCCGCUUUGAGACUCCUUAGGGUAGUGAUAAAGCGGGAUAUCAAAUCCAAACUCUUCUUCAUUUCAGCAACCUAAUUUAUGUGGGGAAAGCCAUGUUGCUCCUGCCAUUGUUAAACAGUUGGGAGUCAGAAACCAUUCCUGAGCUACAGCAGAUCACCCAGGCCAGGGAUCUACCAGUAGACCCCAAUCUACCUUCUUCUCUAGUUAUGUAUUUUUAAGUAUUUGGUUUUGGAUAACUGGCCAGCACACCCUCUACCCUGGCAGCACAGAAGCUGCUUCCAUAUUGGCUCAUACCAUUCCAGCCAAACACUUACCUUGGAAUCAUGUGUCCAGGGCUGAUGCUGUGGUUCAGAGAAGCACCCAUUAGUGUACCAGUAUGGAAAGAAAGCAAUUGGGAAGCAGUUCCCACUCCACUGAGCUAGCGGUUUCCAAACUUCUUUCAGGGGAAUUCUGCCAUUUUCUUGGAAGUUUAUCGAUAGUUCCUCAAUGAGACCAUCUGUGAUGGUGGACGAGCUUCCCUGGAAAACAGCUUGUUUCACUAUUAUAGAGUUUUCCAGCACUUUCAGUUCACACAGCAAAGACCAACACUGUCCGUAAUUUCAUGUGAAGUGAUGCACAGAAUAUGAUCCGCAAAUCCUCUGCAAUGCACAGGGUUCCCUCAGCAGAGAUAGAGAUGGUUUCCUCAAAGCAGAAAGUUUGGAAACCCAUGUGCUGUUGAAAUUGGGAAUUGUUUCUUUUUGCUCAUGCUUAGCCUUAGCUGAAGGAAACCGAGUUAAGGUGAAACAGUUCAAACACAACAACCCUGCUGUUAUUUUCUCUCUGCUACUUUUGCAAAUUCCUGUUAAUUCAUGCGCUGGGGGGGUAGAAGUCAAGGUAUUCUCAAGUGACUUUGGGAGCAGGUUGUGGUUGGGGAGAGGAGCUGUUACGCAUUGCUGAGAACGUCCUUCUUCCCCAUAGGUGUGCUCUUCAGCAUCGAAGUAACUUCCACCUACUUUGCAGUUCGUAACUACUGGCGCGGAUUUUUUGCGGCUACAUUCAGUGCCUUUGUUUUCCGAGUCUUUGCUGUUUGGAACAAAGAUGCAGGUAGGAUUCGAGGAUUGACUUCCUUCCUAGUCUCUGCUCUGACUGUACGUCCUCCUCCAUCCCAAGGGUGUCACUGGACAAGCGACUUCUUCAAGGUUGUAGGGAUGGAGGGAGAGAGUCAGGCGAACUUUUUUAGCAUGCUGGUCUAGUGCUGUGAAUUGCUACUCGCUCCCUGUUCCAGUUCUUACAUUCAUCUACAUGACAGGCAGAAGCAUAGGAGCCAACUCCUAGGGACCGAGGGAGCUUCGUCACCCCCAAUAAAAUAUUUGAAUGGGGUGUGUGAUCGAUUACAUGGGGCGGGGUUUACUUGCCCCCUCCCCAAAAUUUUAUUCAAGUUGGCACCCCUGGUCAGAAACAUCAUCCUCAGGAUAAAGGUAAAGGCAAAGGGACCCCUGACCAUUAGGUCCAGUCGUGACCGACUCUGGGGUUGCGGCGCUCAUCUCGCUUUAUUGGCCGAGGGAGCCAGCAUACAGCUGCCGGGUCAUGUGGCCAGCAUGACUAAGCCGCUUCUGGCGAACCAGAGCAGCACAUGGAAAUGCCGUUUACCUUCUCGCUGAAGCGGUACCUAUUUAUCUACUUGCACUUUGACGUGCUUUCGAACUGCUAGGUUGGCAGGAGCAGGGACCGAGCAACGGGAGCUCACCCCGUCGUGGGGAGUCAAACUGCCGACCUUCUGAUCGGCAAGUCCUAGGCUCUGUGGUUUAACCCACAGCGCCCCCCGCGUCCCUCAUCCUCAGGAUAGUUUCAUGCAUAUAUGGAGCUGAUUGCUUUGACUGCCUUGCUAAACAAUUGCGAAACCUGCACUGGCUAGAACAUUGGUUCACAUUACAAACAGGAACAGUGGUAUGAAACCAUCACUAUCCCACUCUUUAAACAAUGUCAGCCCUAUUCAACCUGCCUCCGAUUUUCUCAUUGCUGUGCUGUGGGGUUAUUGGAGGCCACAGAGAUUUUUCUACUAGUUUGCUUGCCUUUGAUAUUCAGGCUAUUUUCAAGAGGGGAUUUUCAAGUGGGUUCAGUAUUGGACUUUUCUGGGACGAUGCAGGAAUUCAUACCAAAACAACAGCAAACAGGAUAAAGAAUUUUUGAAAGGGCAGCUGCUUCCCUCUUCCUGUUAAACUGAAAGAGAAAAAUGUGUGAGGAUGCCAAAUCAAAAUACUAUAUACCAUUUGGUGCUGCUUGUGAGCCAGAACUACUUCCUGAUGACAGCAACAACAAAACCUUUUCUUAAUGAAGUGCUCUUGAGGCUAGAAGUAUUCCAGGCCCGUCCCAAAACAUAUCAAAAUAACAUCCGCAUUACCAAGUCUUUUCAAGUGAGGUGCUAAGAACUGUGGCAGUGCUGAAAGGAAGGCUUCUGUGAUGCUUCCUUGCUGUCCCUUGUGCCUGCGCAUUGAUAUCCCAUAUUUUUCUAGGCUUUCCGCCACCCCCGGGGCUCCUGCUUUCUGUAGUGCACAUUUAAAAUUCUCUCACAUUCUAUUUUUCCACGGUCGUAAUUCCUCCUGUCUUUCUCAUCCCUGCUUCACAGUCACCAUCACAGCCCUCUUCAGAACCAACUUCCGCAUGGAUUUCCCCUUUGACCUGCAGGAGCUGCCAGCUUUUGCCGUAAUAGGGUAAGCCCAAAGGGACAUGGGUAAUUGUGAUGCAAAACGAUGCAAGGCGAGUGUCCCCCAUCCCCCGUCGAAAACUCUCUGUAUAAAGCAGAGUUGCUGCUUGCUUAGAGUCCCCUGGAGGAUCCAGGUUAGACACAACAGCAUUCAGCAAAAGGGAAAAAAAACCUCAUUGCAGUGCUUCGAGCAGCCAUUGAAUGACUCAGUUCGGAAUAGAAACAUCGUCGUGUUUUUCUCAUGAGAAGUUGUUCCUACAAAGUGGCCAGAUGCAAAGGAAAAGGGCAGCGCCCCUGAAUGGCAUCUAGGCGGGCAUUUUUGCGGAUGCGGCUUGCUGUCGCGAAGGGUUGAGAAAAGCUGGCAAAAUUCCCGCUUGCACACAACUUUCAAAGGCACUCUGGGAUCCUGCUUGCUCCUGGCCACCGCAGCAAAGAAUGGGUUUCUUUUUCUCCUAAAUCAGCCUUGGAACUUGCUUUCGUUCACUUAUCAGGGCUGGGUUGAGGAAAAGGGGCUUUUUUAUUUAUUUAAAAAAAGCCAUUUAAAAACAAGUUCACCACUUGCAAAUGGUGUUAGAUGCUUGUUGAGCUGAAAGAAACAAUCCUCUCCCCUCCAUCUACCCCUUUUGUAUCUCUUUCAAACCUCAUUUGUCUCUCUUACAAUCUUCCCCAUGGACAAAAUGACAGGGCUUGCCCAAGGGCUGUGGGGUGGGAAUGAGGUUGUGGCAUCCUGAGGUGGUAGAAUAGCCUGUAAUAACGCAGGUAACGGCUCAUAUUUUUUAAGAGUUCUCCUGAUUUUCUUCUUCUUUUUUAUAACCCUUACUGCAAAUAGAAAAUUAGGGGUGCACAAAGUGAGUCUGAGUUCACUGAUGAGGCUUGGAGUUUUUUUUGGUGAGAGAGAGAGAGAGAGUUUGUGUUUACAUGGAGGAGCAUUCAAAAUACAGUGGUACCUCAGUUUAAGAACAGUCCUGUUUACGAACGAUUCAGUUUAUGAACUCCACAAAACCAGAAGUAGUGUCCUGGUUUGAGAACUUUACCUCGGUCUAAGAACGGAAUCCGAAUGGUGGAAGGGCACCGGCAGUGGGAGGCCUCAUUAGGGAAAGCGCACCUUGGUUUAAGAACGGUUUAUGUUUAAGAAUGGACUUCCGGAACUGGUUAAGUUCAUAAACCGAGGUACCACUGUAGGAUUAACCAGCUGCAGCUUGAAGUGGACAAGACCCAUCUCAUUCUGCUGGAUUUGUACAGACCAGGGUCUAGGGCAGCUGUUCUCAACCUGUGGGUCCCCAGAUGUUGUUGGACUACCACUCCCAUCAUCCCUGAGCUCUGGCCUUGCUAGCUAGGGGUGAUGGGAGUUGUAGUUCAACAACAUCUGGGGACCCACAGGUUGAGAAAGGCUGCUCUAGGGUUGGUUUGUUUUUUGGUUACUCAUAUAUAUUUUCUGGAUAUGCUGCUGUCAGGCGGCUGGAAGCAACUCCCACGUCCGGUAGCCCAAGAAUGUACAAAGACAAGGAAAAGUUUCUUACCACCCGCUUUUUAUUCAGAGAGAGGCUUUGGAACACAGCCUCUUAGAUAAUGGCGUUGUCCCGAGAGAAUCUCCACCCCUUCCUUCUCUCCCACUACCUCAUGCAUCAUCCCUACAGGUGCUGACAAGCGCCCUCUUCUUUUGAGCUCUUUGCUCUCCUACUUUCAAGGCUCGCCAGAUUCUGGGAGAGGGGGGAUCUGGAAUGCUUUGUAAAGACACUGUGUUUGCCAGCUGUCGCCCUCCUGGUGCUUCCUCCUCCUCCUCCUCUCCCAUUAUUUCCCAACUUUCCCCCUCAUCAGCUUCUGAGCUGAGACUUCCCUCAAACCCCUGUUGUAAUUCUGAACUGUCUUCCUCUUCUCUGGAAGGGUCAGGCUGGGGAGGGGGUCUCUACCAUUCCUCCUCCGCCCAGUCCCUGACAGCUGCCUAAAGGUAAAGGGACCCCUGACCAUUAGGUCCAGUCGUGACUGACUCUGGGGUUGUGGCGCUCAUCUCGCUUUAUUGGCCAAGGGAGCCGGUGUACAGCUUCCAGGUCAUGUGGCCAGCAUGACUAAGCCGCUUCUGGCAAACCAGAGCAGCGCACGGAAACACCGUUUACCUUCCUGCCAGAGUGGUACCUAUUUAUCUACUUGCACUUUGACGUGCUUUCAAACUGCUAGGUUGGCAGGAGCAGGGACUAAGCAACGGGAGCUCACCUCGUCGCGGGGAUUCAAACCGCCGACCUUCUGAUCGGCAAGUCCUAGGCUCUGUGGUUUAACCCACAGCGCCACCCGCAUCCCAAACUUUUAUGCGUAUCCUUGCUUAAAGAAUAAAGUUAGGCUUUGGGGAAGAAGAGAAGAAGAAGAAGAGUUUGGAUUUGAUAUCCCGCCUUUCACUCCCUUUAAGGCGUCUCAAAGCGGCUAACAUUCUCCUUUCCCUUCCUCCCCCACAACAAACACUCUGUGAGGGGAGUGGGGCUGAGAGACUUCAGAGAAGUGUGACUGGCCCAAGGUCACCCAGCAGCUGCAUGUGGAGGAGCGGAGACGCGAACCCAGUUCCCCAGAUUAGGAGUCUACCGCUCUUAACCACUACACCACACUGGCUCUAGGGUCCUAGGGUUCAUAUGGGCCCCGAACAUGAUCCAAUGGGCCUCUUCUUAUGUAAAUCCAUACACAGACAAUUUUCAGAAGUUGGCAAUGCCCACAUUUAUUUUAUUUUUUUUAAAAUUCCUUUGCUGUAGGAUCUGCUCUGGGUUCCUUGGAGCGUUUUUUGUUUACUUCAACCGGCAGGUGGUUUUGUGUGUACGUCGACAUACGGCUCUAAGUCAAUUCCUAACCAAAUAGUGAGUAUGCUUUUAUAGAGUUAUUCUCCUCCUUUGCUCAAGAAUAAUGGCAGCAGGACCUACCCAGUCACUGUACCAAUGACCCUGCUCUAAAGCCCAGCCAGUAGGAGCCGCUGGGAAGUAAAUGUUCAGCAGCAGCAUCUGAAAAGACCCUGUGCUGCAUUGAUUUUUUUAUAGGGAAGAUCGGGAUUUUCAUUUUAACAGAAACUGUAUUGGUCAUGGCGCAGGAAACGCUCUUAAAUGUAGAAAGUAAACAAUAGUCCUUCAUGAGUGUCGCUUUUCUUUUGGAAUAAGUUUAAGGGAGGCUGCCAACUUAAAUACCACAAUGCCUUCUUGCUUUGCAGAAAGCAGAUAUUGUUGAAGUCAGGCUAGAGACCCUGACAGAGUUCACUGGGCUUAGGCGAGGCGAGGGCAGAAUUGCUCUCUGGUUCGAUUUUGCAGCAGUUUUUCUGGGUUUGAUGUAUGUUGGCCCUUAACUUCUGUUUCUUUUCUAUUCUAGCCGCCUUAUAUAUCCAGGGGUUAUAACCUUUGUGAUAGCGUCCUUGACAUUCCCCCCAGGCUUCGGGCAGUUUAUGGCUGGAGAGGUGAGAAUAUUGCUAUAGGUCCAUCAAUGCCUAAAGCCUAUUUCACAGAAUGAGGGGUACAGUUUUCUCAACCUAGAAUUUGUCUGUGCCUCGUUUUCCAACAGCAGUAGCUUCCAUCAGCCUCAGGGGGGAAAACACUUCUCUACUGAUUGUGCUGUCACUCCGUUGGGGAGUGAACUAGCACCAUUCCUCUCUGUUUUGUGUGCAUGCUGAGAAGGAAAGUAGUAGUAAUCCCAUCCUACCUUGCAUUGACGAAGACAGGUUAGGGAACCUUAGUCCCAGGCGUCAAAUGUGGCCCUCAGGGCCUAUAUGUCUGGCCCUCAAGUCACACCCCUCCCCCACCUCCCACUGGCGCAGUCCCCAGAGCACUUUGCUGUGGCUGAAAUGUGCCCUUGAUGGCGCAUCUUGUGCAUGGAAAGAAGUCCAUGUGGGAUGUGCCUAGAAACCUGUGGCUGUACCUAGCCCACUGUACAAAGAUCCAAUCUGUUGCGUGGCCCACUUUGGGCUCUGACACUGGCCACUGCUGCUGUGUGGCCCUUGGGAGGCUGGCUUGUGAGGGAAUCUGGCCCUGAAGAAGAUUCGCCCCUGGAGUAAAAGGAAGAUGGAGGAUCUUGUCUUUCCUAUAAGGCAAUAAGUAACCAAACAAUUAAACCCCGUGUUGCAAACAAUCAUCACUAAUAUCCAAGGCAACACGAUGACCAAGUGACAAUGCGAUGUCAAUAUAAACUCUUUAUAUAAUCUAUACAGAACAUUGAACAAUAUGAAAUAUAUGAAAUAUGCACUCUCUGCAAAACCAAAUAAACAGAAAUCUUAUAAAUCUAUGAAAGUCACAAAAUGUGCACUCUAGAUGGAUUCCCAUGAAAACAUAGAACCAAAUAAACGUAAGUCUUAUAAAUCUCUGAAAGUCUUUGUAGACUAUGCAAGUCUCUGAAAGAAGCAAUGGGUCAGAUUCUUAUCUGGUGAAAACAAGCCAUAUAGAUUUAUAAGAUUUCUGUUUAUUUGGUUUUGCAGAGAGUGCAUAUUUCAUAUUUCAGUGGUUCUGUGAACUGUGAUCUGCUCACAAUUAUAUUGCAAAAUAUGGGACUCUGAACACGCUACUGGUUUAAAACAUAGCUAUGUCAUUCUUUUUGUCAAUUCAAAGCUGGUUUGGGGGCAGUGUCACCAAAGCACAGUAUUUCAUAAGAAACAAGAGGCAAUACACAGGGGGUGCUGCAUGUACCCCACUUCCCAAACCAUUGGUGGGGAUGCAGAAUUAGUGAGUGUACACAGCUUGUAUUUCCUUCUUGCAAACCUUUUGGUUUCUGAACAAUUGUAACCUCUCGGCUGCAUGAAGAGGUAUUUAUAAGAACAAACUGAACAGGAGGAUGUCGAAGACAGAAUUGUUUCUGAAAGUGUGGAAAGAGCCUCUGCAGUUCACAUCCAGAUAUAAGCAGGGCUUUGUGUAUGCCAUGAUUUCAUUGGAGUACAGAGACCUGCGGAGAGUGGUACUGGCUAUAGAAUCCAGCUUCCCCAGUCUCUCAGGUUUCAUUAGGAAAGACAAAAACUCACAAGCCAAUGCAGUAUUUUCCUAGCUCUUAAUGGCUGCGAAGAUGUGCUUCAAAGUGUGCAGGCAAUUUCUCACGAAACCUCAGAUGCGAGACGAAGCAAAAUAAUGCCAGGCAAGCCUGUUUGUUCAAUCUGUAUAACUUACGCAGAUAACAAAUAUCAGUCCUUGCUGAAUUUUGUUUUACCUUGUCACAAAGAGCCUCCACCCCACCCCACCCAACCCCCGGUUUCUCAGCACCUAAUACACACAUUUCCAAACAGAAUAUUGUUCCCUUUGUGGCGAAAGCCUAGUCCCUCAUUGCCUUGUCUCUCCUUGCAGCUGAUGCCCAGAGAAGCCAUUAGCAGCCUCUUUGAUAACUUCACCUGGGUAAAGCAUACAGGGGACCCCCAGAUUCUGGGGAGAUCUGCAGUCUGGAUCCAUCCCAAAGUCAGUGUGUUUGUCAUCAUUCUUCUCUUCUUCGUCAUGAAGGUAGGGAGCCCACCCGAGUGCGCUGAAUGUGGAUUGUUUCCUCCUAGCCCCUUGCAGCUAUUUUCCCUUAGUGGGAGUAGCGAGCUGUAAAGUCUUCAGAGAAACAGCUCAUUAUUUUCCAAGGCAAUUGGUAUGUUCUUUUGGACCAGGCCAACUGAAGAGGUUUUAUUGGAGAGAGUUUAAUGUAGUGGAUGAGAAACCCUAAUUCACCCCAGAACAUUCAGGGAUAAUGGGGUUUUCUUUCACAUCAGCCACUUAGUCUGGAAUAGGGAUAAUGUCUCUUCACUUAGCUGGUAUGGACAAUCCAGAUAGUGUCAUUGUCAAAUAAUUGCAUCCCAGUGUGUUCUGUGAUAUCCUUCUGCCUUUUUUCCAGGCUCAUUUUUUUCUUUUUAAAGUACAAUUGCAGUGCUAGCCUUAUCGAGUAUAGACUUGUCAAAUGCUAUAGAAGCUUUUCAGGCUAUUACCCCUUUAAUUAGUAGCUUAAUUUUGGUAGCCCUUUAUUUUAAAGUGGCCAAUUAGUUGCUUCCUGUUCAUUUGCAGCCAUUGCCCUUUAACGGGUCCCUUCCUGAAACUGUAAUUACUCAGUUAAUCUUUUAUCAUAACCAUUCAAAAAAAAGUGGGAAGCCACUAAUUAAAGGACACGGGAGCGUAGCUGAACAUAACUUAUUUCUGACUAUACAUAAGGAGAACCUGCCCAUAUGGGAUGGGGCAUUCCGAGAUUGUCAUGGAGAAUAUAUAAAAAAAAGGUAAAGGACCCCUGACAGUUAAGUGCAGUUGCAAACGACUCUGGGGUUGUGGCGCUCAUCUCACUUUACUGACUGAGGGAACUGACGUUUGUCCGCAGACAGUUUUUCUGGGUCAUGUGGCCAGCAUGACUAAGCCACUUCUGGUGAAACCAGAGCAGCACAUGGAAAUGCCAUUUACCUUCCUGCUGGAGUGGUACCUAUUUAUCUACUUGCACUGAGUGCUUUCGAACUGCUAGGUUGGCAGGAGCUGGGACCGAGCAACGGGAGCUCACCCCAUUGCGGGGAUUUGAACCGCCGACCUUCCGAUCGGCAAGCCAAGGCUCAGUGGUUUACACCACAGCGCCACCCGCAUCCCCAUGGAGAAUAUAGUCCAGUAUAAAGUGCUGUGUAUAAUCACUAGGUUAAUUAUGCUUCCAUGUGGUUGUUGAAAAGCAAUGCCUCAGGGGCACUAAGGGGCCCUGGUGUGGAAACAACCUGAAUAUAGUGUGUCCUUUAUUCAAUCUGUCCUGCAGCCAGAGUAGGGGAAGAAGAUGGACGUGGUAGUUGGUGGGAUGUGAUCCUCCCUUUGGAAUUGCAUUAAAAGGUGCUAUAGUGCCAAUGAAAUAAGUGGUUCAAAAGCUCAGGGAAACUAUACUUCCUCACCUAUGGGACUGUGUUGAAUGCACAAGCACACAAAACGCUAUACCUCCAAUAGUCUGGAAAAUCAACCUUGAAUCUGCUCAUGGCUUGCAGCAGAAUGCCAGUGAUUAGGUUACUUAAGAGCUGCUCACCUGGCAGCAAUGUUAAGUCUUCCUUGGAGCUGACAUCUCUUUUAUGUAGCACUGGGAGCCAUAGACAAUAAGCACCAGGGGACCCUGCUUUUACAUGGCUGGCAAUAGCCAUGAAGGCAGAUAUUCUGCAUAGUGUUCACGGAGAGUGUUUGAGGUUUUAUUUGCCUUACUAGAGAUUUAUCAGCUGGCUCACAGAAUCAUAGGCAGGAUGAAAUUAUACCAUCCCUUCCAGUCUCUGCUAAAAUAUCUCUGAGAGAGCCUACUGUACCCCUUCCCAAGGCAAUCAUUCCACUGCUGAUUCGCUCUUGCUCCCAUGCUGCUUCUCUUGAUAUUUAGCCAAAACCUGUCUCCCUGCGAGUUCCAGUCAUGCAGGAAAAGUCUGCUCCAUCUUCUGGGUGGCAAAAAAAUAGCCUCUUGUGCUAUAGCAAGUAUUGAAGUUGAAAGUAUCAAGCAAUCUACACAAUGAGCACCUAUAUAAUUUUCCUACCUACGCAUAUUAGGGAGGCUUACUGAAUCAGACUGGCUUCAUGCAGAUGCAAAAUUAUUCCCUCUAUGAAUUUUAAUGGUGAAUACUCUCCAUUAGGUGCACUGCUUUUGUACCAUCAACUAGAAAUCACUUUGCUAGCAUUAACCUAAAUAUGUCUCUUGGGCUGCCUGCAAUUCCAUGAAGUCCUCCCUCCUCCAUAGCUUAAUGAAAGUCCUAUAGAGAAAAAAUGUAGUUACAUGUGGAAAAUUCCGGGGGCAGUGCUUAUGGGGUUUUGUUUAGAUGAGAGCGAGCGAGCGAGCACAGAACCCUUAGGGUGCCUUUGUAAUAUUUUAUUUGUUUACAAUUCCGCAACAAACAGAGUAUAAGAGGGGGCAAAAAGAACUGCUAAUGCAGACAGCUAAUGCAUUAACAAUGCUCAGAUUCCCAGAGAGCAAGGUUCAAAUAACUGUAGGUAUAAACUCUUGACUCUCCCCUCCCAUGCCCCAUCAUCUUCUUUCCAAAAUUGAGCCUCCUUUAGUUCUUUCCCAGCACCUCUGGACCAGCCCCAGGGUGGAUAUACACACAAGGUGGGGUGGGGAAAAGAAAACAGGUGUCAGCAUGUGAUACCUCCGGCAAGAGAGACCAGCUCAAUGUACUCAAAACAGCUAAAAAAUUAACAAACUUAUUCUUUGUGCGCUCAUAUACACAGGUCUGCUUUUGGGGUGGCCACUGUUUGCACAGAAGCACAAAAUUCCAGAAUACCUAUAUGAACGCUUCCUUCCUUUUUAACCAGACUAGACACUGAGACUGAGAAGGGACAGGGAAGGUGGUAGUGAUGAGUCAGGUUGACCAUCCCUGUCCUGGGCAGUCAGCCACCCUAGGGGACGCGGCUGGCUUGCUUGAACUGCCCUUGUGGAUUUUAUGCUCCCCCAACUCCUUUGCUCCUUCCCCACAUCUGUCAUCUUCUUGGUCCAUUUCUGAGUAAGUUCAGUGGAGCUGGGAGAGAGGCGCCACCAGUGCCACACACUAACUAUUGCUGCCUGUCCCCUCUGUUCUAGUUCUGGAUGUCUGUCGUUGCCACUACCAUGCCGAUACCUUGCGGAGGCUUCAUGCCUGUGUUUGUGCUGGGUGAGUUUCUGUAUUUUCCUCAGAGGGGAAUUUUUCAGAGGCUGGGAUUGUGAGAGAGGGGAGAACUGAACGAAGGUAGAUCCACACCACAUGUUUAAAGCACCUCUGACGCACGUGACACCCACCCCCCAAAAAAAAGAAUGCUUGGAACUGUUAUGUACUGAAGUUCUCACCCUGGGCCAGCAGGGGGUUACUGUAGAUAGUUUUCACUCAUGUCCACAUAUGCAAAUAAGGGAUUGAAAGUGACGUUCAGUGAUUGGAUAGUUACAGAAAAUGGUUACUGUUGAGUUCUAGUGGAGCUCUAUAUAAGCAGGCUGGCUGAACCCUUCAGUUCAGUUCUGUUCUGGCCUGUGAAUAAACAAGAGCUGUUUGAAGAAUCGCUGUGUCGUCUGAUAUGUUCACCCACAACUUAACAGGAACUAUAGUAGGUUAAAGGUGCUGGGAACUGUAGCUCUGUGAGGGGAAAACUAUUCUUUAAAAGUGCUCUUGAAUGUCCUUUAAAUGUAUGGUGUUGAUCUGCUCAGAGAUGCAAAUUGAUGUUGGAUGGUGCUUCUUUGAAAUGAUUGGGACCCUGGUUCUCCUUCUGGUGCCCAUUAGGGAAUCCCUUGACAUUUCAGCUCAUAGCCGGCUUCUCACUCCCGGCUCCUUCUCACUCUCUAGCCACUUCCUACAACUCACAAAUGCCGGGCUGCACCACUCCUAUUCAUGUGGCUCCAACACAAUACCUUCCUUCGAUAAGAAAAUUUACUAGUGGUCAGAAUAGGAAAAUAGAAACGAAAAGCUAGCUCUUCCUUUGAGCUGAAGUAUAGACCUCUUGAGCCAAAGGAGCAGCAGUAAGCUUAUUGUUCUUCCUCUGCAGACGUACAGUUUUAAAAUUUAAAGUGUGGGUUAGUUUGCUCAAGCCCUGUGUGCAUCUAUUAUAUUACACAAGUAUCAAUUAUGAUGCCUGCUAGCAAAUCCUGAGGCAGAGUGGGAAAUUGAACACAGGACUUAGAAGAUCAUUCUGUCAGCUCAAGUCUUUCAGCUUGCCAGAUGAGAUGACCUCUUCUCUUCUUCUUCUGGGGUAUUAGAGAACCACCCUCUGGCUGUUCUGGGGGUUUUCCCAACACCCCAGGGCUAAUUUGUGGUGGGGGGGGGAGGCACAGAGGGAGGAGAAAGAGGGAAAAGCUCAAUUGUGCUGAUGGAAGACCUGCUGCUGCCUUUUACUAGUGGGACUCGUUAACUGCUCGAUAUUUUCUUGUACAUUGUUAGCAGAACACACUUAGACGCAGAACAGCUAUGAAGGCAGGGAGGGGAACGAAUUUGUAUUGAUCUUGUAUUAACCAGUGAUCUCAUGGUGGCUUAUAGGGGCUGCCUUUGGACGCUUGGUUGGUGAAAUCAUGGCCUGGUUUUUUCCUGAUGGGAUUGUCUUCGAUGACAUUGUUUACAAAAUCUUACCUGGAGGUUAUGCCGUGAUUGGUAAGUCCACAUCCCUUUUUCCUUAGGUUGAAAUCUCAAUCUAAGCUACGGAUGGUCCAUAUGCUGCUAACUUACCCGCUCUUUCUCCAUGUCCUGUAAUUGGGAAAAGGAGCCGCCGCUUUGACUGGUGCAGUGAGCCACACGGUGUCCACAGCAGUGAUUUGCUUUGAGCUGACAGGUCAGAUCUCCCACAUCCUGCCCAUGAUGGUGGCCGUCAUCCUUGCCAACAUGGUGGCCCAGAGUUUGCAGCCUAGUCUCUACGACAGCAUCAUCCAAGUUAAGAAAUUGCCCUAUUUGCCAGACUUGGGAUGGAAUCAAAUAAGGUAUUAUAAUAAUAAGAGGGGAUGAGAGGGAGGGAAUGGAAUCAAAUGAUGAGAUGAUGAGAAGGGGGUGCGGAUGAGUCCACCCAGUGGUGUAGCGUGGGUUGCAUGUUGCCCAGGGCAGCGUAGAGCAGGGGAGGAAAAUGGACAGGAGUAUGCAUGCGCAUUCAGCUGCCUAACGAUGUCUGCAUCACCCAGGAGACUGCAGCCACAGUGAUAAGAAGAUUCGUUUACGUUGUUUGGAGAGGACACUUCCUGGUUUGCUGGAGAGGUCACUUCCUCCGUUUUCAAUGGAGCCCAGUGAUGGAAGCGCACAACUGUAUUGAGGCAGUGCUGGGUGUUGAAAUUUUGUGCCCAGGGCAACCACCCCUGUCCAAGCGGUUUCCCCUUUUUGCCCCAUCCCUUUUCCGAGGGAAAUCCUGUUCUUUAGCAAUAAAGGUAAAGGGACCCCUGACCAUUAGGUCCAGCUGUGACUGACUCUGGGGUUGCGGCGCUCAUCUCUUUUUUUUUUUAAAUAAGAUAUUUAUUAAGAUUUUCAGAAAAUUACAAUAUAAAAAUGAAAAAGAAAAAGAAAAUACAAAGUAACAAUAUAAAAAAGAAAAAGAAAAAGAAAAAGAAAAUACAAAAUAAAAAUGAUUAAAAACCACUCAAUUUUUCCAUUACUUAUUUUUCCUUAGCUUAUUUCCUGGACCUCCUCACACCUCCCUUUUUUGUAUUCCAGUUCAAUUUGUUGGUUCAGCAAAUCCUUACCCUCUUUAUUUAUCCUAAUCUUUGGUCUUAAAAUAGUAACGUUAGAUUUUUACCUAUUAACAACCCAUUUUUCAUAUUCCCUUAAAGCAUUACAGCUGGAAACCACUUAAUUUCUAUCCAACAUCAUUCUAACAUUCAUUAAUUUUACAAUAUUUCUGUAGAUAGUCUUGGAAUUUCUUCCAAUCUUCUUCCACCGACUCUUCUCCCUGGUCUCGGAUUCUGCCAGUCAUUUCUGCCAGUUCCAUGUAGUCCAUCAGCUUCAUCUGCCAUUCUUCCAGAGUGGGUAGAUUUUGUGUCUUCCAAUACUUUGCAAUGAGUAUUCUUGCUGCUGUUGUGGCAUACAUAAAAAAAGUUCUGUCCUUCUUUGGCACCAAUUGGCCGACUAUGCCUAGGAGAAAGGCCUCUGGUUUAUUCAAGAAGGUAUAUUUAAAUACCUUUUUCAAUUCAUUAUAUAUCAUCUCCCAGAAAGCCUUAAUCCUUGGGCACGUUCACCAAAGGUGAAAGAAUAUACCUUCAGUUUCUUUACAUUUCCAGCAUUUAUUAUCGGGCAAAUGAUAAAUUUUUGCAAGCUUGACAGGGGUCAUGUACCACCUGUAUAUCAUUUUCAUAAUAUUCUCUCUUAAGGCAUUACAUGCCGUAAACUUCAUACCUGUGGUCCAUAACUGUUCCCAGUCAGACAUCAUUAUGUUAUGUCCAACAUCUUGUGCCCAUUUAAUCAUAGCAGAUUUCACCGUUUCAUCCUGAGUAUUCCAUUUCAACAACAAGUUAUACAUCUUUGACAAAAUCUUAGUUUUGGGUUCUAACAGUUCUGUUUCUAAUUUUAAUUUUUCCACCUGGAAACCAAUUUUCUUGUCCAAAUUAUAUGCCUCCAUUAUCUGAUAAUAAUGAAGCCAGUCUCGCACUUUGUUUUUUAAUUUCUCAAAACUCUGCAAUUUCAGUCUAUCUCCCUCUUGUUCCAAAAUUUCCCAAUAUUUCGGCCAUUUGGCCUCCAUAUUGAGCUUUUUCAGAGCUUUUGCUUCCAUCGGUGACAACCACCUUGGGGUUUUAUUUUCCAAUAAGUCCUUAUAUCUUAUCCAGACAUUAAACAAUGCUUUCCUGACAAUAUGGUUUUUAAAUGCUUUAUGUGCUUUGACCUUGUCAUACCACAGAUAUGCAUGCCAUCCAAAUACAUUGUUAAAACCUUCUAGAUCCAAAAUGUCAGUGUUUUCAAGAAGCAACCAUUCUUUCAACCAGCAAACAAGCUGCAGAUUCAUAGUAAAGUUUAAAGUCUGGCAGGGCAAAUCCACCUCUUUCCUUUGCAUCUGUUAAUAUUUUAAAUUUUAUUCUAGGCUUCUUGCCCUGCCAGACAAAUCUAGAAAUAUCUCUCUGCCAUCUCUUGAAACAGUCCAUUUUGUCCACAAUUUGCAAUGUUUGAAACAAAAACAACAUUCUAGGCAAUACAUUCAUUUUUACCGCAGCAAUAUGGCCCAUCGGCGCUCAUCUCGCUUUAUUGGCUGAGGGAGCCGGAGUACAGCUUCCAGGUCAUGUGGCCAGCAUGACUAAGCCGCUUCUGGCGAACCAGAGCAGUGCACGGAAACGCCGUUUACCUUCCCGCCAGAGCGGUACCACCUAUUUAUCUACUUGCACUUUGACGUGCUUUCGAACUGCUAAGUUGGCAGGAGCAGGGACCGAGCAACGAGAGCUCACCCCGUCGCGGGGAUUCGAACCACCGACUUUCUGAUUGGCAAGUCCUAGGCUCUGUGGUUUAACCCACAGCACCACCCGCGUCCCUAUUUAGCAAUAACCUGCGUCGUCUAUUUAGCAAUAACCUGCUUCGUCUAUUUAGCAAUAGAGCACACCAAAUGGUGUUCUGGGGAAAACUCAAUUUGCUGUUUGCUCCGAUUGAGUGCUAAAGAGUGGUGUUCCCUGGGGGAGAGCAGCAGGACAAGAGGAAGUAUGGAUAAGCCCACAGUCUAUUUCCUGCCUCCAUCUGAGGCGAACCUCUCUGCAUUGCUUCCAUUUCUCUAUGACCUUAACUCCUCUUCUUCCUGAAGCAAAUAGCCUGCACCCAGGCUACCUCAAGGAAUGCCCUUCUCCCAUACGGGCUUUCCGGGUUCUUCAGUCACCAGAAAGGGUCCUGCUCCAAGUGGCAGCAGCAUUAAACUGGUGUGAGGCAGUGUUUUCUCAGAAGGGGGACCCCUCUUUGGGGAACUCCCUCCCUAGAGGCAUUUGGCUAGCCUGCUUGAUAGUCUGUUUCAAGAAGUCUCCAAUAUAUAAUUCUGGCAGACAUUUGAAGUUAUUUUAAGUGGAAUUUCUCCUCCUAUGGAUUUUACUACCAUUUUAUCUCUCAUAGUCAUAUAUCUAUAUUUUCAUUGUCUGGAUUUUACUACAAUCUUAUAUGUAGCAGCUGCCCUGAGGAUUCUUCAAGCAGAAUACAGUUAUUGGUGGGUGGGUGGAGGGCUAUUAACUAACUAGCUGACAAAUUAGUUAAUUAAGCCACCACCUCUUUUUUCUUUAACUUACUCAUUUUAUUCCCUUCGAUUUUAUCUUCCGCCCACUUAAGCAAAUACAAUAUCUUUGUGGAGGAUAUUAUGGUGUGCGACGUGAAAUUCAUCUCCUCCAACUGCAAAUACCGGGACCUGCAGGAUGCUCUUGAGCACACCACUGUCAAGACCUUUCCUCUUGUGGAUUCACCAGGUGAGAUGGGCGAGGGACCAGACCCACUGAUGAAUUCAGAGGUAGCGCACAUCCGUCCCGUCCCCCCACCCCCCCAAGUUUCCAAGCACUUUGGUGCUCAGUAAACCCUAAGAACUGAAUUCCUGGUCAGUUCCUUGGCAUGAUAACUUAUUGUUGGUGGGCAGAGGACAACUCAGUAAGCACUAAAGUCAAACUAUCUGCAUGGUUUCAUUCUCACUUUUUGUUUAAACACAACUCUGGUUUUCAUUGGAUUAAUUUUUUUUAUCCCCUGUUAGUAUUUUAUUUAUUUUGGGGGACAUGGCCUGAAGAAGCCGUGUGGUCUGAUGAAAUGAAUUCUUGGCUCAACCCUUUGUUUACCAAUAAACGUCUGUCUUGUCUCUUUACAUGUGUUUCCUGUAGACAAAUAAUAUCUAGUUUUUGUUAAAGUAUGUGCUAUUUUGUUUCUCUUUGCUUUUAAUAUUCAAACCAUUUACAUUCCACAAUAGUACUUUCAAAUCCAUCCUUUCUCCUUCUCUUUACUCUUCCCCUACCCUCCUCCUAUAUUCUAACUUUAACUUUUUACCCUCUUUACUUUUAUAACUUCUUCUUCUCUUAUCCCUCCCUCCCUCCUUCUCCCUUUCUCCUUACUUCCUCCUUUCUCUAACUAUCUCCUCUCCUUCUGCACUUUCUUCUCUUUUGCCCUCUUCCACCUCAUUCUGUUGAUGUUCUACUAAUUCUCCAAAGUCUUUUCUGUAUUUGCUCAUGAAUGGUUUCCCAAGCUAGUCCUAGAGGGCCAAGACUUUCCCAAGUCUAGUUUGUAGGCUCUACACCUCCAGGGUGAAACUGUCUUGAAAAUAAUCUACAUGUAUUUCCUGGUAUUGAAACAGUAAAAUUUCAGUGGAGCCAUCAGAUCCCACCAGAACUGUUCUCAGGUCUACUAAAAAAAACCCCCACAACCAACCCUGAACGCCUGCCUAAUAAUAAGUCAUGUGAAUGCCUUUGUCACUUCUGAUGCCUUGUACAAUUCUGUGAGUUAUGACUGGUGGAGAGGGUUGAGGAAUCUGCUCAGAGAACUUGGCAGGAGAAGAGGGAAACUGCAACAGAAGGCAUGAACAGCAGGAAUUGGCCACCAACCACUUGGCUCGAUGGACCGGUGCUUUCUGUGGGAGGGAAGGCUUCAACAGGCUAGUGUCAGAUACAGAGUGGGCUCAACUGCUGCUGCUCUGUGUGAAAACCUCAUACUGUUUGUGAAGAGGGAGGAGGCACAGGAGAAAGACGAGUAUAUUUCUAGAGGGACAGCAGUGCUGUUAGGCAUGUGUUUGAGAGCUAGGAUGAGAGCCAGAAGCAGGUUGUUUGGCUGCAACGAGCUCUGGCUAAGAAAACCAGGACCUUGCAGAAUUUCCCAAGUGGAAAAUUAUACCACCACAUACUGGCUCCAGACCAAAGAUUUAAAUAACCUUGGGCACCACCUUUUCCUAUCCAAAAUGGCUUUGAUUCUGUCAAGUCUCUAGGACAGUGUUUCCCAAACGUUCUACCUUCAGAGAACACUUUCUGCAUCCAAGGGACUCCAGAAGUUUGCAGAGAGGAUUCUGGGGCAUGUUCUAUGCAAUACAGUUGCGUUCUUUUGCAGGAAACUGGCCAGAGCCCUGUUGAGUCUUAGCUUUUACCCCACAUGAAUGGAGAAUGGGUCCGAGAGGCCUAGAAUGCAACUAACACUUCUCUGACACCACAUAUUGCAAAGGAUGAAACCUAGUAAAGAUAGGGAAGUUGUCUUUUAUGAAAACAUGUUUAUUAUUCCUGGUUUUCUCAUCGAGGAGACAAAUAUAAGCUUCCAAGAGACACUAGAGCUCCUCUGAACACAGUUUUCUUUUUUCAAAAAGACUAGUGCUCUAGAACUUGCGGAGAUGGUCACCUUCCUUGAAGUGGCAUUCCUAGAGAUACUAAGUGGACACUUCUCUGCCUUUGAGCCUACAUAGAACUGGCCUGUUGUGUAGGGUGGGUGGGUGGGGACUAGGGUAUGAUCCAGCCUUCAGAGCAGUAGCAGCCAACAUUGAGCUCUCCCCAUGUUUGACUAAAGUUUUCACUAUCCCUAGUUGUACUUGGUGGGGCUGAUGAGACUGGCAGUUUGACCAUGCUGGCAAUCUCUGCUUCAGUGGCACCUUGUUUGCUGCACGACUAGAGCCUGGUUCUUGGUCUUUCUAGACAAAAUGCAUGUCCGGACCCAUGGGUCAUUCUAGAGAGACCUUGUCUUCCUCAUAUGAGUUUGACGGCAGCGGUGGAGGAAACCACUCGGGUGCCUGGGGCGGUGUGAGCCGCCCAUAGGAAUGGGGCGCACCACAGGGCUUCCAGAGUCUGCCUGGCUCCUCCCACUCAGCUGCCCUAAAGCUGGGAGGGGGGAGCCAGCGGCCAGACCAUUUGGGCAGCAUGGAGCCUGCACGCCCCCAAACCACCACAUCUCUCCCAGGAGAAAUGAGUGGCUUGGGCACGCUGCAGCCCCGCAGUGAGUGCCGCCCGGCAUUUUGUUACCCGCCUCAGUGGUGACACCCAGGGUGGUCCGCACCCACCUUCUUCUGCCCCUGUUUAACGGUCCAGUUGACUCAGCAGCCCACUUGGGGCCUUCCUCUUUUGAUAGUCCCUGUCGUUUAGACAACUUGCUACCAGGCCACAUGUGUGCUGGGCUGGAUCUGUACUGAUAAAAAAAAGGCUAUAGGAAAAAAAUGCUAUAAAAGCUCUCAAUGCAAAAUUCCAUUGGUGAUGGAUCACUGCUCUACAGAGCCAUCUGGUGUACAUGUUUAUACCAUAGUUAUAAUGAUAUAAUUGACAAGUGUAGCUGAGUCGGAACUUUCUACCAUAUGUGGUGGCUAUGUAGGAAAAUACAGGAAUUCUGGGAGAGUAUCCAUGCAGAACUGCAAAAAAUGCUAAAGAUCUCUUUCAGUAAAAAACCAGAGGCCUACCUCCUGGGAAUAACAGAUUUGGAUAUUCCGCAAAAGAGGAAGGGUAGCUUUUUAUAUGCGACGGCGGCAGCAAGAGUUCUGAUUGUGGCAAAAUGGAAGAGUAAUGAAAUCUAAAAAGAUUGGAUCCAAAAGCUGACAGAAUAUGCCGAAUUAGAUGGUCUAUCAGAAAAAAUAAAGAAUAAAUCAAAACAGGAAUUUGUUUCAAAAUGGGAGGUUUUCAAAGAAUAUUUGAAAAACAAAUAUAGUAGUGUAAAUUCUGUUGCAGCAUUUGAGGAACUUCAGUAAUAGUUGUAAGGUAGAUAUAAGAAAUUAGAUAUAUUAAGAAAAAGUUCAAUUAUGAUAAAAGUGUGUAUUGGCAAUAAGUAAUAUGAAAUUGAAAUAUGGAAUAGACGGGAGGUUGGGUCUUUAGUGUUAAGACCAAUGUAUGUUUUAUUGUUUGUUAAGAAAAUUAUGUGUCUAUGGUUAUUCUUGUGUGUAAUUUGGUAUUUGUGUUUUUUCUUUUUUCUUGCUGUAUCAAUAAAAAUAAAAAAUAAAAAAAUAAAAAAGACAUGUGUAGCUGAGUCCCUGGGAAAAGGGAAGAAAGCCCUACUUGGCCUUACUUACUUUCGUUCUUUCCCUCUCCUCCUGUAGAGUCCAUGAUCCUGCUGGGCUCUGUGGAGCGGCCAGAGCUCCAGGCCCUUCUGCUCAGGCACCUCAGCACUGAGCGCCGUCUGCGCCUGGCCAGGGAAACACAGCAGCAGAAACUGGCCGAGACACCGUAUGACGGGCACAGGUGGAAGCACGAAUCAUUUGCUUUUGUGGAUGAGGAUGAGGAUGAAGAGGAGAAGCCCGAGGUAGUGAAGGAAAAGGUGAGGAACAGAGCCCAAGAGGAGAGUGAAAGAAGGAACAGGAGUGGGAAGAAGGAAAGGGAGAGAAAACAAGAGUAGCAUUGUUAUAAGAAGAUGAGAUUUGGACCUGGAAGUCUCUGGUUAAAAUCUCACCUGUUGAGAAUUCACUCAUGGGGAACCUUCUCAUUCAACAUCAGUCCUAUUUUGUUUGUAAUGUAUGUUUGGAGAGAUUAAUGCAAAGAUUGCUGCAAUAAUGUAGGCAAAGAAUAUUUGGGAAAGUUGCAAAAUAGAUGAAAAAUAUUUAAAGUUAAAUCCUGGUCCUUGUUUUGCUCACCUUUCCCCUACAGCUUCCACAACAGCCUGCUUUCCUUAGCAGUUUCUCAGAACCACCCAAUGGCCCAGUGGCUCCUCACAAGCCAUUGCCAGAGUCACCAACCCCUCAGGAAACUCCAGGUACAGAAAUACAUACCCUGUUGUCUUGGGGUGGGACAGAAGAGUGUAACAGGAGUGUGCUGGAUGAGGCCAGUGGCCCAUCUGGUCCAGCAUCCUAUUCUCACAGGGACCAACCAGAUAGCUAUGGGAAACCAAGCAAGCCAGACCCAAGCGCAAGAGCACACUCCCCUUCCGUGGUUUUCAGCAACUGGUAUUGCUCCAUGACUUUGUCUAAUCUUCUUUUACAACCAUCAAAGCUGGUGGCCAUCCCAGUGAGCACUUGGAAGCUUGACUGCCCUUGCCCGUCUGUUCUGUGGGAAAUGGGAGGGGAAUAGAGACCGCAAGUAUGAUGCUACAGAGUGGAUCAUGAGUCCCGUCAUCUACUCAUCUUUGCUCACUUGGAGGAAAACAGGAGCGAAGAUACAGGAAGCCCCAUACUUUGGUCACCUCUCCUGCCAAGGCUUCCCUUCAUGCUGCUACAUGAUUUCUGUUGUUUCACAAAUUCAGUCAUGUUGCUUCCUAUCCUCUUUCUUUGAUAGUCCCUGUGGUUUAGACAACUUGCUGCCAGGCCACAUGUUUGCUGGGCUGGAUCUGCACUGAUUAAAAAAAAAAAGCUAUAGAAAAAAAAUGCUAUAAAAGCUCUCAAUGCAAAAUUCCAUUGGUGAUGUAUCACUGCUCUACAGAGCCAUCUGGUGUAUAUGUUUAUAACAUAGUUAUAAUGAUAUAAUUGACAAGUGUAGCUGAGUCCCUGGGAAAAGGGAAGAAAGCCCUACUUGGCCUUACCCCCUUUCUUAGCUGAGGUGUUAUGGAAAUUCCAUCCCGGUAUCUGGUCCCGUCAUCACCCUGAAUAUAUCCCUGCUGUGCCUCAUCAUUUGCCCUUUAAAACUCAUCCCUUCCAGCAAUUUCUUUUCCCAUCCCACUUGAUCACGUAUACUGGUUAAUCACUUGAUGCCUGCAGCACCAGACGGUUGCUUGCAUGUGUGGAUGAGCCGCCAUAGAUGAAGCAUCACAAAGCGCAUUUAUGCGACCGCACAUCAACCCCAAGCACAACACUUUUCACAAAUUCAGUUGUUGUGAGCCACCAGGUGUUGAGUCAUCAGGGGGUGUUCACCCUUGUGUGAACAAGCCUUUAUUGUCCUACUGUAGGGAACAUCGCCUUCUGAAUCCGGCCCACGGACGGUCUGAGAAUCAGUGUGUUUUUACGGUCUGGGAAUCAGUGUGUUUUUACAUGAGUAGAAUGUGUCCUUUUAUUUAAAAUGCAUCUCUGGGUUAUUUCUGGGGCAUAGGAAUUCAUUCAUAUUUUUCCCAAAAUAUAGUCUGACCCACCACAUGGUUUGAAAAAGGUUGCUGACCCCUGGUCUAGAUUAUGGAGCAGGUAGGGGCACCACACAUUCCUUCCUCUGGUCUUACUUCCCACAGGACGGAGAUUCUGGCGCUUGAGGAGACUGAUACGGUACCUCCUGUGCCUUUACCACCCUCCACGUCAGCAAGAGAUGGCUGAGCAGGUGAGGAGGCCUUUGUGCCUGACUGGAAAGCAGGAGCUGCUGGCUUCUAAGACAGGAGCAUUUGUUGGGAUGACACCUCAAAAUGACGGACUGGUUGGUCCUGGAGUGUGACCAAAAUGGCAGCGGACGGGGGCGGGGAGCCUUAACGUUUGAUUGACCUAAAACUGCCUUUUGGUCCCUAUUGUGUUUCUUCUGUUUUGCUUUUGUACUAUUGGAUUGCAGACAAUUUCACCUCACAGGUAUAUAGUUUGCAUUUUGGGCUUUAUAUCUGUUUUGGGGCCUUUGUGCCGUUAUAUCCAGGUGGGUGGGAUGAGCACUAUUUAUUUGUUUGUUAUUUCAUAAAAUAAAAAAGAACGUAACAAUAAAACGAUCAGUAAAAACAUUGAAAACAUUUUUUAAAAAAAUUAAAAUAAAUCCUUGAUGACCUAAAACCGGAUUAAAACUCACAUCAACAUUCUACAUAUUUGUACUAUGUAAAGAAAAUGAAUAAAAAUAAGGAAACCCUGAGGCUUAUUAAGGAAGAUACUGCAUUUCUCCUAUCCUGAGAAUCUGAUGUGUAUUCAAUACUUGAUCUAAUCUUGGGAUUUAUUUUCUGUUCCCACCAGGAGUCCCCAGAGUUUGAAGACCCAAUGAAGCCAGAAGAGGUAUGUUUUGAGGCAUAAGAGAGGGGCAGAGGGGUGGGGAGAACUGACCAGGCUGCCAUCCCCAUGUCCGGAGUUGCCAUGGACCAAUCAUGGGAUUGCUUUGGAAAGAAAUUGCAAGAUUUGCCCCCUUUCUCAGUUGGCAAGAAGUUGGGGCUUUUUGUGCUUUACAUAGCAAUGAACAGUAAGCACCUUCUUGUCCCAGGUAGCUUACAAUCUAAAAUUUAACCUAGAGGGAGGAAGAUGGAGGAAAACGUAGGAGGACACAUAUAUGCAUUCAGGUCAGCUACACAUAUUGAAUCUUCUGCUCUGCCUCUAAAGCAGAAUUCUUUGAGGCGGGAAAUGUGUUUUAAAGGCAAACUGCGUAAAUGAUGGAAUACACUGAAAUGGCAAAGUUAACUGAAAGACUUCGAGAUAAGGACAAUAGAGACUUUAAGAAAGAUUGAGAACCAUUUAUGCUACACCUACGGAAACAAUGCGGUGAAAUGGACUCACUAGUAGAUUUUGAUUAAACACUUACAAUUACCAAAAUAGAUACAGAAAAUAUAACAACAACAACAACAACAACAACUUCUUAUUUAUACCCCGCCCAUCUGGCUGGGUUUCGCCAGCCACUGUGGGCGGCUUCCAACAGAAUAUUAAAAUACAAUAACCUAUUAAACAUUAAAAGCUUCUCUAAUAACUAUGAUGUUAAAAUAUCAAGAGGACAAUAAUAACUAUUUUAAAGACUUUUAAAGUUAGAAUACCAAACAAGCAGGAGAAAUUAAUAUGUAAGAAACAAACAAACAGAAGAGGGAGUUGAGGGAAGUCACGAAGGGUGGGGGAGAUUUGGGAAUAGUAUUUUUUCUUUUCUGUUAUGUGAGUGAUACAUUGACGAUAAAAUUAUGUAAAAUGUAAUAAAAAAUAUUAAAAAUAAAAUAAAAAGGUAAAUUGUGUACGCAGCCCUAGAUGUCAACUAAGAGAACUGUCUCAGAUAUUUUUGGGUGAGUGGAUUCUAAGAGAGAUUGUCAGCAAGGUUUAGGGAGACAGAUCCUUUCAAAAUUAAUUUGCAAAAAAGGAAAUGAAACUAUUUUAAUCUGUGUUGCUUCUUAUACCCCAUCAGCCCCACAUAGCCAUGAACAGGAUUGCAGCCUAGAACAUUAACUCUUCGUUCGUGUGCCAUUAAUGUCCUUAGAGAAGGGUCUAUAACAAAUCAAAUCAAAUCUUUAUUAUGGUCAUAGACCAGCUUAGGGUCUAUAACUUCUCUCAUUAUUUGCCGAAGUGGCAUAUUGGUGAGGACACAAGGUCUAAAUUCCUACUUUAAUUUCUAGUCUGACCCAGGACAAACUUGAGCUGUGUACACACUAUACCUUCAAAGAACAUUUCCCCCCUCAAAAGAAUUCUGGUGGGAACUGUAGUUUAUCCCUCAUAGAGCUGCAAUUCCCAGCAAUCCAUAACAAAUUGCAGUGCUCAGAAUUCAAGGCAGGAAGAGUGCUUCACUUAAACUUAUUAGUUUAAGUGAAGACUCUCUUAAGGCAAAUCUUUAAAAAUGUAUUAUAAGCACCGACAACUGGGAAACACUGGCCUGAGAGCACUCCAACUGGAGAACAGCCUUUACCAAAGGUGUCAUGGGCUUUGAAGACACUCGAGCUCAGGACAAAAGGGAGAAAUGUGCUAAGAGGAAGGCGCACUUGGCAAACCCUCACCAUGAUCAACUCCCACCCGGAAACCUGUGUCCCCACUGUGGAAGGACGUGUGGAACCAGAAUUGGCCUCCACAGUCACAUAUGGACUCACGGUUAAGACCGUGUUUAUGGAAGACAGUUUUACUCGGCUAUGAGUGAUCUCCAAAGAAGAAUUAGUUUCAGCAGGGGAUGAGGAGUAAUGAGUUAAACCCAUAGACUUUAUGGAAAAGGUCAGCUGGAAAGAGGGGAAGUUGUUCUGACAAGGAGUUCCAAGCACAACAGACAACAAGGGCGAAAGGGGUAGAAGAGACAAGGAAGACAGGAAAUAAGGAGAACGUAAUCCCCAUUAGAAAUGACUUCAGGCAGGCUUCCAGGGCACUAAGUGCAGCACACGUUGUUUGAGGAGCCUGCCUGAAAUGGCCCAAGGAAGGUAGAGCAUAUAUGAUCUAUGGGAUAUGGGUGGCGGCAGCAGCAGCAGCCUGGGAAAAGAUAGGAGUGCAACCUCUGUGUGUGAAUGCAUCUUUCCUGUGUCAGAUAGAAGCUUGGGAGCAGGAGGAGCUAGAGAAAAACGUGUGUUUCAACAGCUGCCGCAUAGACCCCUCACCCUUCCAGCUGGUGGAGAGGACAUCCCUGCACAAGGUGAGUGUCGCUGUCCUGUCCCUUUCCGUCUCCCACCGCCAUCUUUGGCCAGCCCCCACAGUCCCCAGCCCUCCUCUUGCUUUCCAAUCUUGUCUACUUUGCCCCCCGACUCUUGGUCAAAACUGUAUUUCAUAGUCACAAAGCCAAGAAUUGCUGAGAUUGGGGUUACUUGCUGCUACUUUUUCACAUAUGCAAGAGACAAACAGCCAAAGACAGAACUCUCAGACCUUCCUGUUGUAGGGCCUGUGCCACGAUUUUACAGACACAAAUCCAUGCCUCAUCAGUUCUCCUCCCUCUCCACCUCCCCUGGAAUGCACAGCCAUUCCUGACCAUAACCUGGACAACUUGUGAUUCCCAAGUAGAGCACAGCCAUCAUCAACCGUCUACUGUGAGCUGCCAGGUAUUUGAGAACUUUAGGUUUUUUUAGUUUCAGGUGAGCUCCAUAAACAAGAGGUUUGUUCAGUGCUAUUUUUCUAGAAAAAUAGGUGCUGGAACUCAUCAUGAACGCCUCUCUCUUUCUCAUAGAAUGGCAAUGAAACCCACCUGACAGUUCCAGUGAGUUUCCCCUGAAAAAAAGCCCUGGGUUUGUUGAAACUUUAGUGGGUCACCCAACUUGUGUGGUGCCAUUUGCCCACUUGCCUGGACUUAUGGGGGAGGUGGGGCAGACACAAAAGGUUCUCAAGCCCCUGACAAGCCAACACCUGGCAGUGACCUGGGUUGAGCUUGGAGGGUCACAUGUAGUACAGAACUGCUCAUCAGAUUCAUUCAGAUGAAAACAUAAUCUGUAAUUCAGUUUCUGUAGUUAUGGUUCUUACGCUACAUUAAUUUCAGUAUGUUAUGCUUAAUACCAGCUGACUUGCCACAAUUUCUUCUCAACACCAACAAAACAUUACAGUAGGUGGGAUCUACACCAUUAAUGGUUCAGCUCCAAGCAUGAAGAUUUCAUCUCUUGGCUUUGCUGAAUUUUCUCUUCUGGACUUGGGUGCAACAAAAUCCACCACGUCCGAUUCAGAUUCUCCAUGAAUCUACAAUGACUGCCCUGUUCUCUUUUCUCACUGAUAGAAACUAUCUUAUCUCUCCCCUCUCACAGACACACACCUUGUUUUCAUUGCUGGGACUCAGCCAUGCCUAUGUAACCAGUAUGGGGAAGCUGAGAGGUGUGAUUGCCCUGGAAGAGGUAAAUUUAACUUUGCUACCUUUGUAUUCCUUUGAUCAGUCUCAGAUAGUCAUUGCAUUGUCCAAUGCCAGUUGGCUCUUGCCUAGAGGAGUAAAAGAUUCAGCCACUACGAUUCAAGGCAGACAAAUAGUUUUAAAGAGAGGUAUGAUCAAGGCAAUCUUGCCAUGUUUGUACAUUGACACUGGUUUUAUCCAGUGCUAUUUUUCUAGGAAAAGAGGUGCCGGAACUCAGUUCCAGCGAGUUUCUGCUGGUUUUGUCUCACAGUUGCCCCACUAAUGGGAUGUUAGCUAGUGAUGGUGCUGAUGAUUGUUUAUUAAAGGCUUCUAGGCCCUGCAUGCAGGUGGUGCUGUGGUCUAAACCCCUGAGCCUCUCGGGCUUGCCAAUCAGAAGGUCGGUGGUUCGAAUCCCCACAACAGGGUGAGCUCCUGUUGCUCGGUCCCAGCUCCUACCAACCUAGCAGUUUGAAAGCACGCCAAAAAGUAGAUAAAUAGGUACCACUCCAGUGGAAAGGUAAACAGCAUUUCCGUGCGCUGCUCCGGUUUCGGUGUUCCAUUGCGCCAGAAGUGACUUAGUCAUGCUGGUCACAUGACCCAUAAAAACUGUCUGCGGACAAAUGCCGGCUCCCUUGGCCUGUAAAGCGAGAUGAGCACCACAACCCCAGAGUCGUCCGCGACUGGACUUAACUGUCAGGGGUCCUUUAACUUUACCUUUAGUCCCUGAGUAGAACUGUCAUUGUCAGGGUUUCCUGGGAUGAUGCAAAGUCUGCUCAAACCACAGUUAUCUGUGGUGUAGAUAUGGCCGAGUAUUUCUAUUGAGAUUCUACAAAUUGAGACCUAGCAUCCUUUGCAUGGAUAUUUUCUGAUCUUUUGAUUCGAGAUGGACUCAUUUAUAGCCAUACCCACCUCCACCUGCCAAGGAGGCGCCAGGCACUCAGAAUGUUGGUGGAGAUUUCCAGGUCCUUCAGAACUGUAGACUUGUUUAUUUGGUGGUGGUGGUGCAUCUGUUCAUUCCCUCUCUGUAACUCUCAGCUCCAGAAAGCGAUUGAGGGCACCACAAGCUCUGGUGUUCGCCUUCGUCCUCCCCUGGCCAGCUUCCGUGACACUACCCAGACGGCGGGUGGCAAGGAGCAGGCCAAGUGGACUGCACAGAUGUGGAGCAAGCAUGACAGUGAUGCAGCGGCAGCGGCGGCGGCAGCAGCUCCCAGCAGUACCGCAGUAGACUCAGGGACAGAGAGCCCGGUGGCCCCUGGCUCUCCCUUCCCGCCACCCUCUCCUGCCCCCAGUGGAGGGAAGGCGGUGGUGCGCUCUGCCUCAGUGGCUGAUAUGGAACUGGAGGAACUGGAGCUUUCUGGCCCAGCUGCUGAGAACAUCUCAGGCAUCCUGAAGGACCUCAACCUGCGCCCCACAGACGUGUCUGAGGAUGACGACGACGACGUGCCACUAUAAUUGUACAGAGGAGGCACCUGUCUUGCCCCUUCACCCAAGCUACUCCUGCCAUACUUGCGCUUCAAGGAAAGGCCUGUGGGCAGCUUCUCUGGCACUAACGGAUGGUAAUUCGCACUGGAGAGCCUUGGCUACAUGGGCUGACUCUUCCUUCUGCCACUAUCAAUGGGGUGGGGUGUACUUUGAUUACCAUGCUGUGUUAGGCAUUCCAUAGGGCUCCAUCCCCUGUGGAGAGAUGGUCAUGGCAGGCUGUGCAGAAACUUCUCUUUAGACUAAAUGACAUGGCCACCAACAUUUUCCUCACCUUGCUUGAUGAAAUACUUAGCUUAGAGAGGAAGUAGACAAAGGAUUUAACCCAGACUGGCUGUGGAAAGAAUGCAACCCAGGUUGUCAACAGGCCCAUAAGUGGGGAAUUUAUGCGGUGGUGCCCUUCCCUUCAUGCUCCCGGAGUGAAACUCUCUCGUCUUUACCACUUUGCACAUCUCAGAAACCCCUCUCCUGAGAAUUGCAGCUUUAAGCCACAUGUGUUUUUUGCUGCUUUUCCGGACCCAUCCUUGUCCAAUGUUCCGGAAAUAACAACAUUUUUCCAAUAUAUCCCACUCAAGUGUGCGGCUCAGGUCAGGAUGUGUUUUGGAAUUUAAAGGCCGAGCUCAGUAUGUGUAGAGAAGAGUAUCUCUGCCCCACCCGCUAGAGAAAAAGAAGGCAGCUGCUCAGUCUGAUCACUUGUUUUGUAUAUUUCUUGGAGAUGUGAAAAUGAAAUGAAGGAAAGACUCAGUGCCCUGACUCACUGUAGGAAAUGUAACACAACCAGGGCUCUGUUUGCAGAAGUCUUUUAAAAUCCUGCUUUGGGUUGCUGAGCGGGAAGAAGGGGAAUUAACCUGGCUCCCUGAAAGCCAAUAAAUUAGUGCCCCCACCUCAACCCCAGAAAAUCUAUUAAUAAAAACAAAUUCAGCCACCACCACCACAUCUGCUGGAUCAGAGAAAUGAGCAUAGGCACAGCACGUUGCUCCCAUAUAGCUUCCCACCCAGCUAGGGAGACCUAUGCUGAAGCCUUCUCUGGCACACAUAAUGGCUGAAGCUUUAUCUGAAGGCUGUAAGAAAAUGAUACAACCAGAAAGGGUAGUAUUCUGAAGUUUUCUGAUCAUUAGCGAGGCAAAAGUUUGAGCAAGGUAGCACAUAGUCUUAAAAGGUUUUUUGUUUUUUUUUUACGUUUUUACCAUGACAUGAUGGACACUUAUGCAAAGCAGUUGUCUUAAUCACUAGAAUUCCUGCGAAGAAACGGAUGUGACAAGAGGUGGCAAGUGGAGGAAGAAACAGUUGCUGCUUCUGUGAGCCCAUCUCUAUUACAGUUGCCUAUAGGCUUUCUACCAGUUUAACAGCCACGGCUUCUCCCCAAAACUUAAAAGUUUGGCAAAGGUGCUGAACAUUCUAUUAUGAACAAUCUGCAAUGACAUUUCCUGGGAGAGAAUGACGGCUGACCCUGUUUUAAGUGGGUAGUAUCUAAAAGAGAAAAAUGCCUGUCUUUUGAGCUAGCCAUUACAAACACAGUUUUGUCCUCCCUGAAGUCUUAGCUGUGUCUUCCAGUCCUGCACUCCAGUUCCCUCACUGCUCAAUUAGGGUGGGUGAAUCAGUCAAUUUUGGUUUCUCUGGGUUCCUCCUUUUUCCUGCGCUAAUUUCAGUUCACCACAUCAGUUUCUUUCCUUUAAAAAAAUAAUAAAGCCCUCGUUAAAAUUCAUCAACACUUUAGGGCCAAUUUCUAAUACACACAUUUUUGUAUGCAAUUUUCCCUAAUGCAAUGCGUUUUGUAUGUUAGGGUUAGCAUUUUUGUGCUCUCUUCUACACCAGUAUAUGCUCUCUGUGCAACGUCAAAAUCCGGCACCCCAAAAGCUCUGCACCUGAACUGGUUGUGCUCCCCUAGAUCUGCCUUUGCCCAACCCCCAAAUGCCUCCACACAGCUUCGCCAAAGCUCCUCAGCCACUGUCUGUGAAGUGGUCUCAGUUGUUCCUGCUCCUACUCCUGAGCAAGCCUUGGCUUACCAGAGAGGAGGAUCUGCAUUGCCAUUUCUUGCACAUGCAGGGGAAUACCACCUGGAGGAGGAAAAUGCCUGUCCUGCCUAUGUGAAAUUGAUGACAUGCAAUGUUUACCUUUUUUAGAAUUCUCCGGCCUUCUUGGACAGUUCCAUGGGGAAAUAAAAACAAAGUUAUUACAAGCAGAAAUCACCAGCCCGAAAGCUGUCUCAUACACAUGGAGAAAACACUGGAAAGGACAUUUAUGAAUACACUCAUGUGAUGGUAGUUUCUUAGGCUCAGAAAUGGCACAUUUGGGUGUGCGUGGGCAUGUUUUCAACAGCUGUUUGCUACUUGGAAAUUCAGUAACUGCUAGGAAACAAAUCACCUACUGAGUUUGUCUGCCAUGCAGUUGUUAGGAGCCCUUCUGGGGAAAGAUUGUGGCAAUCCUGUAGCUAAGCUUGACAUCAGGUGUCUACCUACCCCAACUCCAUCAGAACCAUUUUGGACAGCAUUUUGGUACAGCUCACUGUCCUUUGCCAGCAAUUCACCUGUUCUAUUAUACGAGCGGCAUCUCAGUUCCCAGGGAGCUUGUGGCAAAACUGGAUGUAUUGAAUCAGUAUGCUUGGUCACACUCAAAAUCACCAUGUGGUCAGGCCCAAGGGUGUAGGCGCAGGAUUAAUGACAGGUCAGCUGCAUCUUAACAUUUAAGCAACCUGUUGGUGACACAUUCACUGCUGUUAAAGAGGACUGUGCAUGGGGAUUCUGACAUAUGCAUUCAUCACAAAGGGGAUAGUGAUCGAAUAAUAAUAAUAAUAAUAAUAAUAACAAUAAUAACAAUAACCUAAGGUUACCAGAUUUUUUUUCAAUGAAUCCGGGGACACUUUUCAACUUCAGAGGAUUUUGUAUGGGGACUGAUGUGUAAAUCUGGGGACUGUCCCCGGGAAACGGGGAUGUCUGGUAACCUUAAAUUAACCUGGUUAUUUAAACAUGUGAUUCUGGGCAGAUUUCAAGGUUAGACAGUUCUGAGCUCUAGGCAGAUUCCAAAAUCUGUGGGAAAAGGGAAGCAGGUCUGCUGCCAAAUGUACUUAUUUUGUUCGCCAUCUGCAUGCACCUCAGUGCUCUGCAGAGUUUUCAGCUGUGGAUAUGGAAGGCAAGAACUGCAUGGUGCCUGCCAAGCAGUAAACAUGGCACAGUGAGUCAACAGCAAAAACUAUUUUUAUUCCUCUUGUACUUGCCUCUCAUGUCUGCUGCACCUGUAGCCCUACCUUCAGCAUCCUGCAAAUCUGCCUUUAGAGGCCUAGUUCUUGAAGCAGUAAGCCUGCUUCUGGGCAGCACCCUUUCAAACUGCAUGUGGAAGUUCAUGUGUUUGAAAGCCCUAAAUGGCCUCGGUCCAGUACAGUGGUACCUCGGGUUAAGUACUUAAUUCGUUCCAGAGGUCCGUUCUUAACCUGAAACUGUUCUUAACCUGAAGCACCACUUUAGCUAAUGGGGCCUCCUGCUGCUGCCGCGCUGCCGGAGCACGAUUUCUGUUCUCAUCCUGAAGCAAAGUUCUUAACCUGAGGUACUAUUUCUGGGUUAGCAGAGUCUGUAACCUGAAGCGUAUGUAACCCGAGGUACCACUGUAUAUCUGAAGGAGUGUCUCCACCUCCAUCAUUCUACCUGGACACUGAGGUCCAGCGCUGAGGGCCUUCUGGCAGUUCCCUCACUGCGAGAAGCCAAGUUACAGGGAACCAGGCAGAGGGACUUCUCGGUAGUGGCACCCUCCCUGUGGAACGCUCUCCCACCAGAUGUCAAAGAGAAGAACAACUACCAAACUUUUAAAAGACAUCUGAAGGCAGCCCUGCUUAGGGAAGCUUUUAAUGUUUGAUGUAUUGCUGUAUUUUAAUAUUUGGUUGGAAGCCGCCCAGAGUGGCUGGUGCUGCCCAGCCAGAUGGGCGGGGUAUAAAUAAUAAAUUAUUAUUAUUAUUAUUAUUAUUAUUAUUAUUAUUAUUAUUAUUAUUAGAAUUCUCCUCCAUCCCAAAGUUCUUCUCGCAUAGAAAACUCAGUGUCAGGCAGGUGUUACAGUCCAGAUGAAGGGCUACUGCCACUGUAAGAAUUAGGCCAGCAUCUCAAACGCUGAGUCCUAUGGGAAUUUUGAAAGCUUUUGCAAGCUCCUAGUGGAAAGCUAAGACAAACUCACAGGCAGCUGCAUAUGUGCACACCUUGGGGAAUAGUAACAAUUUUGGCUUAGGCUCAACUAUACUAAUGUGAGCCACCUUGAACAUUUACAGCAGCACACAGAUCCAUACAAUAAAUAAAUAUUGUCAAAAUAUGCAUCCAAGUUACGACGACACAUAGAAAAUAUAUUUAUUAGUACAUACAAAUGUUAAGAUACAUAGUCUGUGAACACAGUGACAGCACUUGGACGUUUUACUUAAAAAAACAAAAACAGAAAACCCCCAAACAGAAUAUGGCCUGGUUCUCAUGGACAGCAUCAGCCCAUGUCUGUGUCCCUCUGCUUUCGGCAGCAGGAGUGGGUGGGGACUUACAGAACUGAAUGCUCCUCCAUAUAGGAUUUCAUAGGUAAAGCUAUUGAGCACCCCUUUCUGAAGGGUCAGCAGUGUGAAAUUGUACAGCCCAGACACAGGUCAAUAAGUAUAAAGCAGGAUUUAAAAAGAAACCAAAACAUGACAGCAAGAAUGUUAUGUAUGUUACUUUUUGCUUGUAUUUCGUGUGAGUCAACAAGCAUCUUCCCUAUGUUUUGAAGGGUCUGGGAUGUACCCAUAGCUUUUUAGGUUGGGUUAUUGGUUUCUAGGCCAACAAUCUCAACAGGUGGUAUAUUAUUAUUAUUGUUCAGGGGAUACAUCAUAUGUCCAGUACCUGUCUAGGUGCGCUUCUCGGAGUUGGUGGGGAAAAAAUUCUUCUGAUAAUGGUCUUGCUCACAUGUAUGAACGGAAGUGUCUUCACUGACAACACAGGUCUUGGUUAGCAUGGAGGAGAAGUGUGCUUCUUGGAAGUUGCUGCUCUCUGUUUUUGUUUGCCUCUUGAUCUUGGCUCUUAGAACUGUACUCCUCUUCUGGGUCAUGCCGCAUUCUUUCAUGGAACGAUCCCCCCAUCCCCAAUGUUUCAUAUAUAAUGUGACUGUAAUGGAAUGUCAUUCUGAGGCAGGGGAGGGGCCAGGGCAAGGAAGUUACAAGGCUCGUUGGGCCAGGCCAGGUUCUCCACUGUCAAAAAGGCUGUAUUCUGGCAACAGGUCCUAUUACCUUUCAUUAGUAUCAGGCAGGGUCUGAGCAUCAUCUCCAUCGAUAGAAGGGGGAGCCCAAAAAUGAAAAUCCUAACGUCUAACAAUGUAUGUAAAGUUAAAGAACAGGAACAUUAAACUUUGUCUUAUUUU